AUGGCGACAUCGAGGGACGUGCAGGAGAUCGUAUCCAGGCUCUCCUCAAACAAGGCCAAAAUACGUGAGGUAAAGCCGAAGAAUGUAUACUGCGGUCUUCAUCGCCAGUCAUGCUGAUCAUGUUUCAUCAAUCGAUCAUUGUCCGCAGGAAGGAGCGAAGCUGCUUAACAGCUGGUUGGUAGGAGAGAGGUCCUUCAGUUUCUGCAGGUUGCUCGGCCAGAAUACCUCCCGGAUGAGACCGGAUGAUGUUCCUCACGGUGAGAUCCAUUUCAUGACCCAAUUAUCGUGGUAGGGUAGGAUCGUCUGAGACAGUUUCACUGCAACAUAUUCAACUAUCUUAUACUGCUGGUCUUCUUUGUGGCAGCUGAAACGUGGCCAUAUCUCGUCACUCUCCUAACGAAGUGCAUUGCUUUGGAGAAAAAUGCGAGUAAGAAGAGUCUGCCUAAGCUGAUAUGGGCAAAGAUGCUUCGAAUCGUCGUUCAGCAUGCCGAGGAUCCCAAAUGUUCAGGUUGUUUGUUCACUAGCUCACGCUAUAAGCCACACAUCUCGGUUGGAUCAUCGGAUGGAUAAACAGGACGCGUAGGUUAAUGAAGUAGGAUUCUGCACAGUCGGUUCUUAUAUGAAUAAAAAAUAUCUUAAAAUGGAAUAGAAAUGGUCUAAUUAAGGAAGUGACUAUUCAUCCGCUUCAUUGAACUAAGUUUUUAAUUGAUAACUCUUCCAUCCCCUGAAGUCUAUCAGGGAAAAUUACAACAUCACCUGAUACUAUAAAAGUACCUACACUUGUAAUAUCACUUGAAAUUAAUAGUGGUUAUGCAUCUGCUCACUGACAGGAAAUACGGUGGUAUACAUCUUUUUUCAGGAAAGACAUUGCAUCUUCAUUCUGUUAUCAAGCUUCUUUUUAAUCAUACAUGGGACAUCAUUAAUGAUGUUCCAAGCUUCCAACCAGAAUAUGGAAUAAUUCUCCGACAUCUUCUAUCUGUGAAGGAGUAUCGCUAUCAGAUGAGAAAGCGAGUUUAUAGCGGUAAGUUUUUAAAUUACGAUGCUGUUGCCAUGAAUCAAUAAUCAGUGAUACAUUUUCUGUACGUACCCCCAUAAAUUUAUUUUCCUCGAAUUGAUUAUCGUCGUCCAUUGAAAAACAGGUCUAGUGCUCCUGUACAUGAAGAAGAUAGGAGCGCUGUUAAUGGGGGAGAGUAAAAUCCAUUCGAGCACUAAAGAGGAAGCUUUCCGGUGCAUUUUGACCCUCCAUGCACUUCUAGAAAAUCCACCGGGUGAUUUUCCAGACAAUAUCAGGGCAGAUGCUGUUAAGGGUUUUGUUGAAAUUCUUUCGCAAAUAAGGUAGAUUCUCUGCAAUGCUUGAUUUUCAAAAACUUGAUUUGGUAACAUACUAGAGCAAGACGUCCUCUGACCGUUUCCUCUCUUGAAACAUUGUCAGGGAGGAGGGAAAGAUUUCACGUAAACUCAUGGCAUGUGUCAAUACAUUCUUGCUCAAAGAUGGCCCAAAUUUAGGAAGCCAAGCUUUGGAAAUUCACUCUUCCAUUCAUGAUUUCAUCUUCCGUUAUUGGCUCCUUACCCACGAUCGAGGGCUAAAGGUUCCCCAUAUUGAUCAGACCAUCUUUUAUCUUACUUCGCAUAAAAGCUUCUCACAUGAGUCCUUUUGUUGUAAUUAUAGAGUUCAUUCAUUCUUUACGCUAAGAUCCAGUUAAAGCUAAUCAGGAAAGGAGAAAGUGGACUUCUCAUAGAACAACUUCUUGACGUCAUUGGGAAGGAAUUGGAUCUUUGUGGUGUUAGUGGUGGCCUGUCCUGGUGCGUCAAGAGUUUUCUGGCAGAUGUUGAGGCAUACAGCUAUAUAAUAGUGGCAUGUGGUUUCUGCUAAUGUUAUGUCUUUCAGGGGUGAGUCCACUAGAGAUGACAAGGUAGGGUCGACAAAUUCACAACAAAGCUUGAUGGAGCUGUCUGCCAUCGUAUUUUAUCAGGUAUUGGAUUCGGAAUAUCUUAAAAUGCCAUUUUCCACGAAAGUGACAUUCGUUGAGGUCUUCAAGAUAGGAUACUUGUAUACUGCGACUAUGAAAUAGUUUUUUUGUCAUCCAGGCCUGUAUGAACAGUUUAAAGGUAUCAGGUAAUGAUAAACGACUGAAGAAACCGGAUGCUAUUGACCGUUUAAGAGAUGGACUAAUGAAGGGGAAAUGGCUAUGGUGAGAAUGGCUCUAGUUCAUCAGUUUUUCUGCACUUGUAUAAAAGAUGAAGAGUCUCUAGUACUUGUUUCCCUUCUCACUGUUAAUUGUUUAUGGUCAGCUUCUUCAUUGACUUUGGCUGAAUCAGGGCUUUGAAGGGUGAUUAGGCUGUUUUUUGGGGAUGCAUGAAGUUUUCUAGACGUCAUUGACUGUUUUAGUGUUUGCCCCUUGUCUUUGGAUGGUUGGUGUUCAACAUAAAAAUCCUGCUUUGUACGAUUUGUUGAGUCGGUCAUUCUUGGAAUUACUUUUUUUCUGGGAUUGCUUUUUUGAGUUUCUGAUCGUUGAAGAUAUGAGAGUCCACUGGAUCAUAUGGUUUAAAUUUUCCUAACAUGAAGCGUUUUCUUAUAAAUGGUGUGUAUGCCUGCAUUAUAUAUAUCUAUAUAUAUAUAGAUUCAGUCACACAAAAGUUAGUCGAACUAUGACUUGAUUUUUUUUCACAUUUUGUUACAUGAUAUUAAGUUUGCUGACCUUCUUGAUAUUAUAUCUUAUAGGAUUCCCUUUGGAAUCCUCUGAGAAAACUCCCUCAUUCACCAAGUCGGAAAGAGAACAUUGAAAAGCAAGCAAUGCAUUUUACUGGUUGCACUGCAUUCUUCUAUAAUUUGAACCAGUUCUGAUUUCUCAUGUCUCUUUAUCGAUUCAGAAUGAGAUUGCUAAUCUAGAAGGUCAAAAUUAGUGCUCGUUUACAUCUGCCGUUUAAUAAUCCUAAGUGAAGGAGCAAGUAGAAUAGAAAUUACAAGUUUAACUUGAUAACUUUUAUUGAUUCCUAAUUUGAGACAAUUUGAAUUAUUUCAUUAUUAAUGAAGAAGGGUCCUGACACAAGUGCUUUCCAUAAAAUUCACUUUCUCUCGUAAACAUUGUCUUCUUUAAAGAUAGUUAUCAUCUAUUUCUAGGAUGCGACCAGCAUGAAAGCCAUGUUCUUCUUAGUGCCCACUUUUCAUUGAUAGUCAAUAAUGAUAUCCAAUUAUUUCAUUGUCAUCUGAAUCCUUUGGAGUCCAUGUGUUGUGGUUACUUACCAUUGUUUUUCACCCAUGAUGUGCACUUUGGAAAUCUAAUUCCACGGAUGCUUUCAUACAACAAGAAAGCAACAAUACCGGUAUGCAGGAGCACCCAAGAAAACGCAGCUUUGGGUUUUUUUGGGGGAUGGUGUGUGGUCGCUGGAAUCACUCCUAUUGUAGAAACAGCAGCCAAAAACUACAAGAUUGUAUAAAAUAUAAAUGGAGACCACUAAAACUUCUCUUCUCAUCUGACAAGGUUGUUGCGGAAAGUUAUGAGAAAUAAGCUAGAACGAAGUGUUUUCUCCUAUCCUUGUUAUUUUUUUCAGGUUCCAUUGACUAUCAUCUUCCUCUAUUCCUCUUGAUCGGUUGGACACAAACAGUUAAUUUAUGCGCUAAAAUUGUAAUUUUUUCCCCCCCUGUACAUGCCCCAGAGAACAGAUGAUUAAAGAACUUUCACUAGUCACCAUCAGUGAGUGUUGGGCAAAUAUCCUGCCCAUUUUGGUACCAAUUUAACGAUCAACCGUAUCAAGAAUAAUCUCAAUAGGACAUUCAUUAUCACAAAUAUUUUGACCAUAUUUCUGUGUUGUGUUUUCAGGAGUGGUGCAUUUUGUUUUCUUAUUCGCAACUAUGGCUUCUGCAUUGAAGAAUAUCUUCUAACUCACUUAUUCAAAGGGUUGUGUGAAAGUUUUGAGAGGUUUGUAAUGCUAUAUUUAUGUCUUACAAGUUUUAUGCUUAAUAAAUGAUGGUUAGAACGGACAUUAGAUAAAUUGACUGAUUUGUACCAACCUUUUGCCCUUCCAUCGGUGGUUACAGGGUUAGGAAACAGAUAGAAUUCAAUGGUGCCUUUGCAUUUGAAGCAUUUAAAGCAUUUGUAGGAAAUUACUGUUGAGUUUUAUUUGACAAUAAAUAUUUCAGCAAUUAGUGAUGUGGAAAUAGUUGGAUCUAUUUAUUUGUAGAAAACUUCGCAACAAGAUCUCUAUAAAUUUUAUUCCCACUUGACAUGAUUGUAAGUAAUUUAUUAUUCCUAGACAGCCAAAUUGUGUAGCCAAAACAUCAGAAGAUGGUAGAAUAUUUUCGUUUAGCUCCUUUGAUAUUUUCACUUUUUUCGUCCAGACGCUUCCAUGGUUUGGUUUUCUGUGGUUUAAUGAAUGGAGUUUAGGCUAUUUCUGCCACCAAAUUGAGUCAUAGAAAUAUACACCUUUUUUUCCCCCAUUUUGAUGCCCAAAAUGUGCCACCUUCCCACCUUUUUGGACAUGGAAAGCGAGACUUCCUGCCUAUGAAGUGGAUGCAGAUAUGUUUCCUUCUUAAUGGAUAGUGUUUCAUUAUGACGAAGUGCUGUUAUAAUUAAAUAUCAAUGGCUACUUGGAGCUUGCUUUCUAUGAUCCAUAAAAUCUGGAUAUUUCUGUUCGUUUAUCUUGCGAGAAAUGCAUUUCACCGUAUUGAAUGUAUUUCUGUGUUGGGACACUAACAGACUAGUAUCUGUGCAGGAUUUUGAGCGAUUCAUAUGGCACACAUUCAUACGACGGGAUUCUUUGGAUCUUGCGGUCUGUUACUUGAUGUUUUUUGUUAUCACUACUUAUAAUUGUACCUUUAGUUUGGUGGUCUUCAUUGGUAAAAUACUUAAUGAAAAAUUCCAACAUUUUGAAAUCUAGUUUAUUGGGUAUAGUUUGCAUUUCAUGUUGAUUGGUAGCAAUUUCGUUCAACUCUGUCUGUUCUAUCAAUUUUCAUAUAAUGGCUUUGUUUUGUCUAAUCUUUUUGUCUAGGAGCUUGCAGGAGCUCUGUUUUGUGCUUUCACAUCCCCGGUUGAUGAAAAGCUCCUCUCCAGCUGUAGAUGAGGUAAUGAAUUGUUUUUUUAUAUCCUUUUAUAUCUUUUCCGAAGCCUAGAUAAAUGUACUCCUAAGUUAUUCUUUGAUAGUUCUUUUGAAUGCUAUUUUGAAAAAUAAUGAAACUUUGUCUGUGGAUAGAAAUUUUGGUUUGAUUAAUUUUCUAUGUUAGCUGGUUUUUGAAGAAAGGAAAAGCAGAGUGAUGAUUCACUUUUCUAAUUCCUAAAACAUUUAUGCAUGGAAUGAUGGAGGGAAUUUUUCUGAUGUUAGUAAGUGGCCAUGUAGAGUUCGAAAGUAUAGGAAACUGACAAUGGGAUUCUAGAUGUCCACAAGCAUCUUGCUGUGUAUCUUUAGGUGGAUUCCUUUGACCCACAUGAUCGAUCCAGAUUUAAGUCCAUACAGAAGGAUCAUUCAUUAAUCCUGGGGAAGAAAGUUUUUGAUGAUCUGUGGUUUAUGGAGUUUCUCAAUGUAUCCGGUUAUGGUGGUAUUUUCUCUCUUCAACAUUCUUCAGUAAAUCAGGUAAAUCAGCCUUUCCUUUUUGUCAAGAAGCGUUCACACCAUUUUUUAAUGUUGAGAAAGAAAACAGAGAGAAUAGGAGGCAAAACUUUGUCACGGAGGACAGAGGGAGGAACGGCAGAAACUGCCUCACUCAUUUAUUCACCUUUGAUGUCCCUUAAAUGGGGAACCCUACAUACAUAUUCUCAUAAUACCCUUAGUCAUUUUUAAUAUUACACUUAGACCUUCUAACAAUUAAGCGCAGAGAAAUCCUUGUUGGCUUAGUGAAAUCUGCAGAGCUGUUAAUGCUAUUAUAAACAUGUAGAGUAUUGGCUCUGUCUUUAAGAAAAUUGUGUUAAAAUUUUAUUUGUAGACUAGGCAAGGAUUCUAAAGAUGGUGCAUGUACAUGCAGACUGGGAUUAGAUUGUCUACCCAGGUAGAUGUCAUCUAUAUGGAAGAUGAUAUUACCUGCCUUCUCUAGGGUUUAUGAGAAGAGGGGAAUAAUGGAUUUCUCAGGGAAAGUUCUCUCCAUCGUUUUGGAACAAGUUUGUGUUCUUUUAGCUUGUUAUCAUGCGUUUCAUUUUAUUUUGACAUCAAGGUUUUCGGUCUGAGACUUGUAAUCUCCAACUUAUGUAAAUUGAGAAGGCAUAUCUAGAUGAUUUUUCUUGGACAUGUUCAUAAUGACAUCUCCAUAAAGCGUGGACAUCCUGGAAUUGACAUUGGUCAUGUGGAGCGGAGUAAGUAGUUUAACUUUCUGUAAUUUUGGUGUGUUAACUAACAUAGCAGACGCUAUCUUAUAAUAGAUUGUAGCCGUCGUACAGAAGUUUUCUUAGAGUAUAGUGAUAAUAUGAUCGUUCAUACGUUUCUUUCUUUUCAAAUUUAAUGGCUUUGGCAACAUUCACUUUCAAACAACAAAAUAUCUUUUUUUAUGGUCGUAGAAUUUUCCUACGGUUGAUUUUUUUUGAGUGGUAAUUUUGGGUUAAAAUUGGCCUUUUAACAUGACCAGCAGCAACCUUAUUUCAUGAUAAACUUUUUUCUCUUUUGUGGAUAGCUCGAGGAGGAUGCUUAUCUCCCAUCAUCGGAAUCUUAUGCUAUUUUGUAGUAUGCAUUUGGAUCCUUCUUGCUAGGUUGAUUUUUCCUUUUUCUUUUUGAGGUGUUCCAGGUUAGACAGGGUUGGCAUACAGUAUGGAGCUCUUUAAUGCAUGGACUUCCAACAUUCAGCAAUGUGCCUCAAGUUGUAUGUUCUCCUGUUUUCUUGUAAAUAUUCAUUGAAAACUGUUUUAGUUCUUGACUUCUUGCCAUAGCACUCGAUUAGUUGCUGGUUUUCUUAUCCAGGUGCACUGUUGUCCAAGAUAUCCCAGAAGCCAGUGCUUCUGGUUUCUACUCCCACCGGAACUGAUGAUCUUUUUCUGGCUUCUUUGUCACGUUCCAUUGCAUGUGAAAAUCAUGUUGGAAUGAUUUUUUUGGAAGCGAACUAAUAAUGCUAUCAUGCAUAAAUGGGCUUCUCGACUUAAUGGAAAUUGGUUUUAAGUUAGAUUCUUUUACUACACACAAGCAUUUUUCAGUUUGUGUUUUAGGAAGAUGAACAGGUUGUAAUUUUAAUUGGGAAUUGCCAUUAUCUUACCGUCACUUGAUUUUUCAGAGGUGAUUGAGCUGCUGUCUGAGCAGUCUUGCUUGUCAUUACUAAAUUCGUCUACCCAUCGUAUUUGUUGACUUCAUGCAUUCUUGGGCUAUGUGACCAUGAUCUUUUUAUUUGUAAAAUUAUCUCUAUUAUAUUUCAGUCUGCUUUUUGAUCAUUCCUCCAGACUGCUGUCUGAGCAGUCUGGUAGAUUUGGCAUAGAUAGGCAAGAAGUAUCUUUAUCUUUGCCUUGGGUUUUUGUUUGCUGUCACCUUGAACGUUUACCGUGAGACUAUGCAUUUGAUGCCCAUAGCUUUGUAGAGCAGGGAAAAGAAAAUGAAAGUUUCUCAACCUUUUGUCUAAGAUCAAUUAUGUGGGGUACAGCACAAACAAACUUAAUCACCUUGUUCCUUCCACGUUGUAAAGAUGUCGUCGUGAUAUUGUCAUAAAUGAGUACACUGUUUGAUUGCCUAAAAUGAAAAUUUCCAGAAAACAACCAGAAAGGAUCAUUCCCAGGACGUCGAGAUAGUUGUUUCCAUUUUCUCUUUCUUUUGCUUCUCUUCGUCUUCCUUCUCUCCCUUGUAAUUUUUUUUUUCCAAUGUGUUAUUCAUAAAACGAGAAAAGACUUACACAUGUAUACAAUGAGCUCUUGAAAAGAGAGAACCCCCCUAUACAUGACCAAGAAGCAUAUGCUUGGGGAUUGCGUGCAACUCUACGAUCAGAAGUUUAAAAAUGGAAGACUCGUUUCUCCUCCCAUCACGAAAUGUCCUAGCCCACUCUUGUACAUCAAUGAAGAUAUUUGCCAUUUUUUAUCCACUGUCUCAGCGGGUUGACAAUGUGGUUAUUAUCACAUCAAAAUGGCUUAAAGGUUCUCAUGUGAAGUGAGCCACACACUACGGGAUUUCCCUUGGUGUUUCAAUUCCAAUAACACUUUCUCCUUGUCACAUUCAGGUCAGUAGGAAGGUUGCUCUUAAUUUAACCUAGCAUGAUUCUCGUUCUGAUUUUGGAUCCCACAGGUUUUCAGUGUUGUAAGGAGGUUAAAUGAAUCUUAUAAUCACCUCAGAAAGUAACUAUAUUUUUGAAGUGACGAAAUAUGAUAAUUUUUCUGUCAUGGACUUUAUUCUUUGUAUUUUUUUUAAAUUUUUUUUAGGUACGAUGAUAGAUUUUUUAGACACCAUAUGGUUUUUAUAUGCAGGCUGAUGCUGCUUUGAUCCUUCUUGGCAGCAUUGUUUCAGAGGUCAAGUUCAAGUUUCUAGUUCUUGUGUCAUGCACUUUUCUGUCGCUCUUGUUACAAAUAUCAAACAAAUUUGAAGUGUUCAGAUAUUGUUGCUUUCCAUUAUUUCUCACAGGAUCUCGUUAGUAUGCCGAUUGUGCCUCAAGAGGUGUGGGAAGUUCAGCUAUUUAAGCAUACUCCAUCUGUGUAUGGCCCACUGAAAUUUCAGACGACUCAUUUUAGUGCCACUUUGUUUCUUUUAAUUGAUAGUUUUCCUCGUGUAUUGGAGGCAUUUUGUUUGUUGAAUGGUGUAUGCUCCUAUUGGUGACUCCUGAUUGAUUUAAUAUAUCUGGCAACCAUUUUAAGUUGCAUGAUUUGAAUGUACAGUAAUAGAUUUCUUGGCAGUUUGUACUAUUUUUUUUCAAUAUAACUUGUAACCAUUUUAAGAGGCAUGAUUUGAAUGUGUAGUAAUAAAUCAAUUGAGCCACAAUUAAAAUCAAGGGGAGCGAGUGGAGUGUGUCCAACUUUAUUGCAGAAAAAGUUGUUUUUUUUUUUUGUAAUAACAAAAAUAGGACCAUUCUUCCCCUCAAAUGCAGGGUGACUUUUAGGCUUUGUCACUUUGACUGCGUAAUUAGGUAUAUUGGCUUUAAUACGAAAAUUUAUUGUGCCGUCCAAUUUAAAAUCGAUUAGCUGAAGUGGGCUCAUUUUUAUAACUUAAAAAUAAUUAGUUUAUCAAGUAAAAAUGGGACCUUUUAAAUUAAAGAAUCAUCUCACAAAACAUCCUAUUCUUGCAUAGAUAAUAUCCACUUUUCUGUCUAUAACUGAGUUGGGUUGCUUUUGUAACGAGGUGGCCUGGAUACCAUCAAUAUGUGUCAUGCUACUUCCUGUUUUACUAUGGUCCAAUAAUCCGCCAACUUUCUCUAGUGGUAGACCGUGGGCCUGAGCAAAAUAUAUGAGAAAUGAAAAUGGUUUUGGGUUGAUCAAAAUAUGUAGACAUCUUGAUCAAAUUUGUACUUAUUGGUGACAUCCAUACACAUUGGUGGCAUCUGUACACAUCAGGCUUAAACAAGCUAAAAUUUAUCUAAGAUUUUCAGAGAGAAUUAUUUGAUCAUUUACUUCACAGGAUAGAACAUUUUUUCAAAAUUGUCUAAAUGAAGAAAAUUUGUCCAAAUUGGUUGUUUUUGAUCUGGGUACGUUCGCCUAAGCCAGCCAAGUUUAUUUUUCGAUUAUUUGAGAUGUGUAGAGUUUUUAAGUCUUAACUUAGAUCGGCCAAUCUGGAUCUAGAUAACCCAAGCUUGAGCGUAUGAAAUAAACGAACUUUUGACUUUUGGACAAAUUUAUUUUUUGGUUGUUACUUUCAAGUAAUAGAUUCUUUUUUGCCACCAUUUAAAAUUCUCUUUUGGAUGUGAGCGUAUUAAAUUUGAAAAUAAUGUACAAGUUUAUUGAAUUUGAGUUGAUUUGAGUUCUUUCACAUGACAGCAGUAAUGUUUUUCGUAGUUCUGCUCGGCAAUGUUCAUUUUUUUUCUCUCAAGUAUGCAUUUAUUCUCCUUUGUUUUUAUUUUUUAUUGUUGAUCUGUUAUGUGGAGGACGCACUGGUACUUGAAUCAUUUGACUGGCCAUCUUGUUGGGCCAUUCUAAUAUUCUGUAUUCAGGCCCUAAAAAUGGCAACAAUUUGUAGUAGGUAUGAUUCAAGUAAAAUCAGAUAUAAUUCACUCGAUUUGGUUAAUUCAGAUAAGCUGGGGAUCAUAUGCUCAUCGUGAGUUAUAAUGAUGUGAGUGAAAGAAGUAAACAAGAUCGUAGACUAUACAUAUGAAAGUAUUGAAAAAUUAUCCUUGGGGCACUGAUGUGAGCUCAUGACCGUUGGGCCCAUUAAAUGCAAUGCUUGCCAAAAGAAGCAGCCAUUGAUGUAUUCCAAGCAGUAAGAGGUGGAAUAGAUGAGUUAUUAUUGAGGCAGGCUAUACGUUCCAGGGUUAAAAUGAUGCAGAUGGCCCCUACCCUGGAAUCUGCUCGCAUUGUGUUGAUGAAAAUUCUUCAGUGAGGAUCAAGGUAUGAUGGUUGUAAAUUUUAGGGAAUGUCGUCAUAUUGUCGGGAUAAUCACCCUCUGCAGCUCAGUAGUAAACCUGGCACACCCGAAAGUUAUCAACGUGCUGAUUGCCUGCAUCGUUUGGAGAUCUUGUAACAUGGUAAUACAUUCGUAACAGUGUCCAGCUGAGUCAGGCACAGAAGCCAAUUACUAGGUCCGAAUGAGAUUUAAUGGAGAACGAAUGUGGUGAUAUGAUGGAGAGUUAAUGGCGGUAUCAUAGUGGAAGGGUUCGAUAUGUUGAGUUGGCUUACAGAGGUUUCAUGAAGGAGGCUCAUAAAGGUGGAAGACCCGGGCCGUAGGGAAUGGUUACGGGUACCUGCUUGGGUUUCUGGGUUUAGAAUGGUAGAAGGGAAGGGAUGCUGGGUGGGGGCUAUGGAUUAUUAUUACAAAUUUUUGGGAGGUUAGGCUGUUGUGUGCGGCUCAAGGAGGCUACACAUAUGGAUAUCCUCUGAGGUUAGAAGGAUGAAAGAGAUGGCUGCUGGGUGUGACUUAGGGAGGGUUUCUGGUGUUAUAGGGAAGGGUUGGGCUUCUCAGUGUGAUCUUCGGGAGGUUGUGGGCGAGAGAAUUUCUGGGAUCAGAAGGGGCUUCUGUUGUCAACCUGUCCAAAAUUGAGUUGAAGUCAAGUGAACUUGGUCUAUACCUGUCCUGAGUACGCUUCUCUACGCCAAGGACUGCAGGCGAUUCGAGUCCUUGGAGGGAAGAGUUAUUAUGAAAUUACUACGUUCUGCCUAGAAACCAGACCUCCUUACAAAUAGGUCAUAAGGACAGUUGACAAUCCUGGUUUAAAACACAAUUUCAUUGGAAUAUGAACAUAACUGUACUCACAACAUAGGAAAUCAUUGAAAAUUUCAUCUUUUUGCUAACGUAAGCACUGCUUGAUAUAUGCUUUAGUUAAUGCCUUUUUUGCCAUCUGAGUUGAGUGAGUCACGUCUGAAAUUCAUAUUAUCAGUAAAUUACUUAGGUAGUUGAGAUCAUGAAACCUAGGCCCACGAUGGGUUUAAAUCCUCUGCUUUGUAUGGAUAGGACCAUUGUUAUAGGAAAGGCUUCUCAUGAGUUCAAAGUAAUGUUGUCUGUUUGUAUGAAAUUUGGGCGUCAACGUUCUUACCAGGAUAUUUUGGUUCGUAUCAAUGGUGGGUUAUGUGCAUAAAUAGCCUUUUAGGAUUGCAUGCACACAUUUUCUUUCUUUUAAAACUUAUAAUGUCAUUCUUCCAUUUAUCAUUAAUGUUGGUGUAUUGAUUAUGCGUGUCAUAUUUUUUCUAGUACUCACUUGAGUUGUUUUUUUUUUUCUUUGUAACGGCAUCCAGAUGUGCUUUGUACUUCAUUGCGUGCUAUUUCUCAAAGAGUGGUGUUCAGGUGUGUAUAACCUCCCUUCUGAACAUGUCAUCGUUGCAUCCUUUGAUUAUUUAUGUUACAAUAAUCUGUCAUGCAUCAUUUGUAUCCACUUGUAUUUUAAAUGCAUUCAUGUGUUUUUCAUUUGUGGUUGUAUAAUUUCUUGUAACCAUUGCUGAUGCGAUCCUUUUUCUUUCUGAUGUUUUGUUGUAUAAUGUUGAGCAAGUCCCUUUAAUCACGGAUACAUACACUGAAUUUUUAAUUUUCUCAUAUUUAUGUAGGGAAACCUUCAUGAUAUUCUAUAUCUCAGGAAGUGUUUGCUCAAAGCAUCAAUGCAACUGGUUAAUUCAAAGGUUCGCGUCUCAGACAGUGCAUUAAUUUUUAACCAUAUACGGUCAUUGUCAUCAAUUUGUCCCAUCAGGUUUCUGUUGGCCUUAUCCAGUUGUCUUCUUUUUGUGAUGUUUCUCUGUUCGUGAUCGUCAAUACAUUUUAGUGGUUUUCUGUGGUAUUUAUGAUAAAAAGACAUCGGUUACAUAUCUGCACUUGGGUGGGUCUCUGAUGAUUGUUUUACCUUCAUUUGCUGUUGUGCCUGGUCCAUUUCUUUGGUGGAACCGAGUAGGAGAUGAUGCUACCUUUUCUCUGCAGCCAACAAAAUACAACUGAUGAAUGCUUGAAUGCUUUUAGUUUCUCAUAUUACUUAAAAGAGUUUGUGUUGUAGCAAGUUAUUCUACAUCAAUUACUGCAUCAAUGGCCUCACAACUGAGCCAAGGCUACUUCUAACUAUGGGUGUUUGAAUUCACUGCUGAUUUUUUUUUGGUUGAAAUCAAUUAAUAAUGAGGCGGAUGGAGACCUUAUGUUCCAGUAACUAAUGCAGCCAUCUGUUCUUUUUUUAUGAUGACAAAUUUGACUGUACUUUAAUGAGAAUCUUUCUGAAUUCAAGCGUUUUCUCAAAGUCGUCAUUUAAUUAGCGUGGACCAAGAAAUCAUAAAUUGAAUCUGAACUUGUCCAGCCUGAUCCCGAUUCUAUCACUUGAUAGGGCCAGAUGGGGCAAUUCUAACAAAUCCUUGUAAAAUUCCGGGAAAAAACAUAAAGGAAAGGGUAGUGUUGGAAGAUGAAAGGCAAACGAAGAAAGUGACAUGCGGGAGAGAUCUGGGAAUAUCAACUCAUAAGAUAUAGACUUUGACUCGGUAUCUGCAGCACUGUAUAGCCUCAAUAGCUGGACGUGGUAAUGGGAGUUGGCACUGUAACAACAGGUGGUGCAACGUUGUGCCAAUCAUCUCUUACUUUGUUUCUUCUCUCUUGCAUGUCCUUUUGAUAACUCCGAGAUCAAAGUAAGCAAGCUUUCACUCACUUAAUCAUCAGAGAACUUAAAAUAUCAUGAAGAAAUUGAAAGCUUAUUCUACCAUGGUAUUAAUGAAUAUAAUACAUCACAAAAGAAUGCCCGUAGAUUUCAUUCAAGUUUUAUUAUCUCAUAAAUGACAGCUUUUUUCUGCAGAAACCGACGUUUUUCCCAGAAGGCUGACAUGAAUCGCUAAGUCUCAGUCCGUUUUUGUCGACUUGGAUUCAAUAUGGCCAGUUUUCAAAACCAUGUAAUAUAAUGAUUUUGUAAGGUGUAGACUGUGGUGUGUUCAAGUUAUCAAAAAUAACAGGUCCAGUCGGACUGUCUUAGUGGCGACUUUGUGUAUUCAUUUUUGUGUAGAUUGUGGCACAUUUGAUGGUGCGGCCUCCAUCUUAUUCACUUUUUUCCGUUUUAUUUAUUUACAUUAAUAUUUGUGUCAUUCCUUCUGUACAAAGUGGUGCCUUCCAGUUAAAAGGUUUGUUCUUGUUGAGGUACUUUUCUUAUCCGUAUACCUUGUUCAUGAAUUAUCUUCAUCAUUUUUUGUACAGGAAUCUUUUUUCCUUAAUAAGCAAAUUGCUAUGGUCUUGCCGGCUGCUAUUUUUUCCCUUAGUGCUGGGUACUGUCCUUUCCUGCCCACAUCCAUGUGCCACAUGCUCGUUGAAGAGUGGUCUAAGGUAUUCUUUUGUCCGUUUGAUUGUAAGUUUACGAUUGAGUUUCUGUCUAAGUUUAAUGUUGGGGCCUUUGUUUAAAUGUUGAAUCAGAAAAUCAUGUUGUUUUUCGUUUGUUAAACUUGUGAUAUAUUAAGGUGAAAGUAUAUUUUGUGUUUAUCGCACUUUUCUGCAAAGAUGAUUUCGCAAUUGUUUAUGCAUAUUUACCUUGAAAUCAGUUAAUUUGUUCAAUGAAACCGUUUCAGUUUCAGGAUCAUAAGGAAAUAGAAGGAUUUCCGGAGUAUUCUGUGGAAGUUCUUGCAAAAAUCAACAAUGAAACUGUUAUUGAGGUGCUACAUCAAUCAUUUGAUUUUUUGUUGGCUUCAUAUUUAUUGUGUUAAUUUACAGAUCUGUGUAUGCUUUUGUUAGCUGCCAAAGCCAGAAAAUUGCCAGAGUAUACGUCUUUCACGAGAUUUAAGUGGGCAAUUGAUUCAUGAAAUGGGAGAGUACUUUCUUGCGAUUACAGAUUUCGAUCAAGAAAUGGAGAGGAAAUCUUUAUCAGAUAUCUCCCUUUUUUGCUUGUUUUUAUCUAAUCUGAUCUACAGUUUGAAUUUGACUCGGUAUGUCUCUUCUGUGUUUUUGGGUGAACCUAUAAUCUCUUUGUUUAUUCUCCAUACUAGUCUUCGUUUUAUGUUUAAUCAGUUUUCAACAAUGUUUUGACAGUUUCAUAAUCGUUGUUACUGACCUCUUUGGACGCAACUUCUGAUGAAAUAAAUAAUUAAACCUGUGUUGGUGCGGCCUUACAUCUGAUUUAUCUGUUUGAUUGGUUAUGUACUUGUCAAUAACUGAUAGUUGCUGUUUUUUAAUAAUGCAAGGCUUUGCUGAUUUUGUUUUCUUCAUGGAGCAUGCAUUAUUUUUCCUGCAGAUGAAGAAGAAAAUCUUUGGUGGCACAUGAAUUCCCCUGUUGCAUUAUUCUCUAGACUGCAUACCAAAGUAUAAUUUUCUGUUGAAAGUAGAUAUUGCCAACAUAGCCAUUUCGUCAUAGAAAAGAGCGAAAUUGCAAGGGUGUGCAGCAUAAAAUCUCAACCUUCUAUGCAUCAUUUUGCUGGAUCUACACCAACGAAGUAUAGACCAAAGUAAAAAGUACAGACUCCCCAAAAUUACGGACUCAUCUCUGUACUGCUUACACUACGUGCAUUCCACACUCUGAUCUGAUCAAAUACCCAAGAAAGAAUCGUAGUAUCUGUCUUGCCCUCUCUUAAAAUGAGUACUAAUUAAAUUGGUUAUUUCUACGUUCAGGAUUGAACCUGAGCAUCUUCAUGAUUCUUUGGUGGCCUUCUAAGGAAUCCUAAUUUUAUUGUGCGGGCAAUUAUCUGAUAAAUACUAGAUUAUUUAGUUUUUAUCUCUCGUGGAUUCCAUAUAGUUGAGCACCGAACAAUAAGCUCUAUCAUCUUAUACUAUUGGAUAUCCUUCAUCUAAAAAAAGAAACAGAAUUAAUCUGUUAUAAGCUUUUAAAACGCGUUUUGCACUUUUUCCUAGCUCUGGAGAGGUAUCUGGGGUGAAUGGAUGAGUUCUGGAGGUUGAUUUCAUUCUAGUUUAUUAAAGCAUCUUUAGCUGCCUGAUAAAAAUGUUGGUUAGGAUGACUUGCCAAAAUAUGGAUUGUAGGGUGAAGAUUUAAUUUCUUGAAUUAAUAAUGUAAUUACGAAGUUCUUUUAAAUUUUGUGGUAUGCACAUUUUUGGUUUAUGAGACCAGUUUCAAUAUGCUACUUUCUAGCUGUCUCUAUGAGAAUAAGUUGGGUCAGAGUCGCUUUUUAGCACUGUUCCUUUAAAGUACUAUGUAUACGCUUUAUUUAUUUUGCUUACCUUAAUUCAGUUUUAGUCCGGAUUUUGUGAAAUAUUGUGAUGGACUUAUAUUUUUCAUAUUUUAUGUCUCCUUUGGAUUAUUCUUUUCCAGUAGAUUUAAUUUAUUUAAAUUGUGCAGGCUCAGGAAUGAGAAAUCAUUACUAUUCUCAAAGGUGCUGUCGUGUAUCAUUAGAUUACUGCAGCUAAUUAUUUCCACUGUUGAGGAAAAACACAAAGAACUUCACUUACGAGGCUCUUUGGGUGUUGCCUCUAUCACAGAACUAUCUGGAUCUGCUUUGUCUUCUCUUUCUUGUCUUAUUCAAUGCCCACUGUUCUGUGUUCUUGGGGAUGGAAGUGCAGUUCUUGGUGAAUUUCAUGAGAAUAUUCGUCAGUCAAUUGAGAAGCUUCUGCUGGUUAUAACGAAUCUUCUUAAGGAUUUCGCAACUUGUACGGCUGAUGGUGAUUUGAAGGGAGAAACCUCACAACAUAUUUGUUUAAUUGCUGGCGACGGGAUGAAAAUUGUUGACAUGGAAUUAGAUUUUGAUGAUGGCCCUAAAGAUGUUGAGGAUCUAGCGGUUAAUGGGGAUAGUGUUUCUGGUGUUUCCUUUUCUGUUCUGCAGUGGAAGUUGGAUAUGAUUUCUUCUAUUUCAUCCUUCUUCACAGUUUUACCUGCUACCACGUGGGAAGUGAUGCUUAAUUUGUUGGAAAAUGCAUCUGAUGCUAAGGUUGUUUAUGCUUAGAUAUUUACUAUAUUGGUUUUCGGUUUUCAUUUUUCCACUUUUGUGAGUGUUUUCUUUUAUAUUUUUAGGUUGCUGAAUGUCUCAUUUUUUAUAUCUGCAAGUGUUUUCCACUCUCCAAAGGGUCACUCUCUCCAUUGGUAAUGUAGAGGAUCUAUGUAAUGCUAUUUAGUGAAUUCCUUUGAGGUUGCAUGCCAGUUUUUGAUUGAUGUAUAUUGUUCCUUUUCUCUUAAGGUCAUUUCGAUGAACAAGAUGAUAGAUUCAAGUGCAAGCCGUAGCAUUUGCUUCGUUAACAUCUUAACUGCUAUUCAUAGCUUACUGAGGUCAGUCUCCUCCAAGAACAGGAAAAACGAUGGUCAUCUUUGGCAGCCUAAGAGACAGAAUGUUUCAGAACAGGUAGCAUGCUUGACAAUAUCAAGUUUGUUUCCUUAUAUCAUUUUGAAAGCUUGUGCGUCAUAUGGUGUCAAGUAUCUGCAUUGGUACCAGUUUUACAUACAGAUUAGUGAUCUUAUCCUUGAUAACUGUGCAGUUGUAAUCUAUUACUGUGGUAGUGAUCUUAGAGAACAUACAUGGAAGUUCAUUAGUAACUGCAGAAUAUAAAGUGAAAAAGACAUAAUUUUGCAAUACAAAAGUGUUAAACAUUUCACUACUGUAAAAAUGUACAAACUUGAUGAGGGGCUGAGUGAUUGUUAUCCUAUAAUUGUGUUAUGGAAAUCAGGAUGGAAUCAAGGGAAUAUUAGAUGGGAAUGUCAUAAUAGUAGAGGAUAAAAUAUUUAUGCUUCAGUUUUUUGUUUGCAUAUUUUAAGUAUGACUGUUUUUCAUUUUAAAAAAUUAAUAUGCUAAUAUUUCAAUAAUAACUGUAGGCUCCAGUCAAAAGUUCAGCUGACUUCGAAUUGCAGGACUUAGCCCUUCUUGGAGCCUUGGUACACAGAAUUGGAGAUACAGAUGUUCUAGAUUGGUCUGGCCGUGUUGAACUUAUUGAGUGCGUUUGUGGUUUCAUUUUGCUUGACCCUUCUACUGGCCAGGUGAUAAAUUUUACAGGCCAAAUUAAUAUUUCUAACGUCUAUUUGAUCUGGUUCUUUAUUUUGUUGGUUGUACAAAUUGUUGUGAUUUCCUUCUCAUAGGAAAUGGUUCCUAGGCUACUGGCUUUGCUUCAAGAUCCUGAUUACAGAGUUAGGCUUUUCUUGGCAAGACGAAUUGGAAUCCUUUUCCAGACAUGGGAUGGGCAUGAAGAAUUGCUGCAAGAUAUAUGGUAUGCUCAUUCUUUUUCUCGUAUUUAUCAGCAACUGGUUUAUUGAUCAGCCAAUAUUAUUUACGAGAUACAUUUCUUAAUACAUUUUCCAGGUGACCAGCAUAAGUAUUCGAACUCCUAGCUUCUUCAAUCUUUAAAUCUAUACCUGUUAGUAUGGAUAAAGAAUGUUGGGGUUGUCGCAGUUUGGUGGUUUUUAUCUGUUCCAUAUAGUUUAACUUUUAUGUCAAAGUUUAUUAGUAAUCUUGGUGCAUUCUUCAUUUGGUGGUUAAUACUGUAUUGAUAAAACUGAUUCAUUCACACUUGAAUAUAUAUUUGAAUAUUUUCUAUGCUAAAAAUGAAGAAUGGAAGUUACGCAGAACAAGCUUUUUGCUAUAUUAGGCUUUCCUUCUAUUUUUCCUUUCUUUCCUAUUAUUAGAUGUAUUUCCUUUUUCGUGUUUCUGUUAUUAGACCUUUCCGUAACACUGGAAAGGUUUAUUAGACGCCAAUAUAAAUACUGGCGUACUGCCCUGAGAAGGGUUAAGUCAGUUUUUUCCAAAUUCACAGGAGAUCACUACUGUGCAUACACAUUGACCAGAAAUUUCCCUCUUGUCAAGGAAACUUUUGUCUAUUGUGGAAAGGAACCAAAGCCUAUGUCAUCCACAUGCCAGCUUGUUAAAUGGCAGUAUUCCCAAAAACUGAAGGAUAUGAUGCGCAACUUGGAUUUAUUGUGAAGUGAAACUUUUUAUUGGUUUUGGAGGAUACCUUGUGGUUACAUUACAGCAAAGAUAAAUGGGAACAACAUGUCACAAUUCAUCUGUAUGAUUGGGUAAUAGCUGCCCAAAGAUAGGACUGAUAAUUGCUAGUUGGUGUUAGAAUGGUCCAACGUUCCCACAUUUACGAUUGAUUAGCAGCUACUUUCUUAACUGUCAUCUUGACUUCCAACCUCUAUUUACUGUACCGCUGACAUGGCUGCUGAAAGUUGAUUUAAUCAAAUGAUGACCUGUUAGUCAUGGACUCUCUAGGGAGAAUGUAAUUCCGUCCGAAUCAAUUAACUCAUGCCUUUCUUUGAUGGAUGAUGAAAUACUCGCCACCUGCAGCAUUAUCCAUGUUCUCUACUUUUUAAUUUCUCCUUUAGCUAAAGUUUGCUUUUGUUCAGGAUACAGUAAGCUAUCGUAGAGGCCUGUUUCUACGUAGGCCCGGGAUUUGGCUUGCUCAUUGACCAAUGUCUUAAGGAACUCACCAAUGAGUUGGUUUCCCGUUAUGAUAGCUUGUCGGUCUCAUUGUAUAGGUUCUACAUGAAAGGGAAAAAAACUCUUUGAAUCGUUGCAUUGUUGCCACAUGGUAAUAAAUUUUUUGGAUUCAUUUCUAACUUUGCUGGCGUUACACUUUUCACGAUCCAUGAUGAUAUCUAGUCAUCUGGCAUGUUUUUGAUAUUCUCUGAUUCGUAUCACAUCCAUAACCACUUUCAGAUCUGAUUCAUGCAAAAUCUGGAAAGAAUGCCACUACAGUUGUCAGAUAGCUGCUGAAGCUUAGUAAAUCCGGAAGCAACUAAUAUGAAAUUUCAGUCUACAAGUAUAUGUGAAUCUUGUCUGCGAUAAUCACAGUUUUUGUUCAAUCUUUGGUUUCUGUGAACGAUUCAAGGGUAUUGGUGUGAAGGAGAUGAUGUUAUGGUCAUUAUUGUUUGUUGGUUUUGUUUUAAAGGAAAAUAUGCAUGCAUUGGUGUCAGGUGUUAAUGUCCACUGAUCUGUCUCUUACAUUUUUUUCUCUGGGUUAACUGUUGCUAUCUUGAAGACCUUCAAAAAAUUAAAUAAGCACUUUCACUGAUUAGCUUCUUGUUCUCAGUUCAAAUUUUGGUAUCCUGUUAGUAAUGGCUUCGAAAGAUAAGCUUAUUAAAGCUAGAGAGGUGUUGGCUGCUGGUUCUCAGUCUCCUAUGCGCUUGGAAACAGCUCUCAUAACUCUCGCCCACAUUGCAUUUCAUAGUGACAAAGUGGAGUUGAAGGUAAAUCAGUUUGGGUUCUCCGGUGUCAUGUUCUCAAACAGCUUCUUUUUUAUUGUUUUUUUGUAUAUUAAACGUCGCCAAUAAAUGGUUUUAUAGGGACAGGUCGUACACCUAACUUUGUAUGUUAGCUAUCACUUUAUUUUGAUUUUGGCCAUUAUCUUAGUCUAAAGGUAUGAAUACGCAGAUAUUUGAUAGAAAGCAACGGUUUGUAUGUUUGAUUAUAUAGGAGUUAAAUGGUUAAAUUCUCAUGUGCCAUUUUUUUUUCCAUGCAAUAUACUGCAUCUGUUGCUGGGUUCCAUCUUGUCAAGAGGAAAAAUGACACAAACUAAACGCUUAGCUACGGGCACUGGUAUCUAUACCAGUGUCUACAUGGACUACGUGGGCCGGAUCGGCCCAAAAAGGCUAGACGGGCCAAUCAGGUCCAGACGUAAUGGAGUCCAUAAUCUAACAUAUCUGAUGAUUUUAUGUUCAGUUAAUGGAAAAGAUAAGUUGCCUAUCUCAAGUCAGCCACGUGGCCAUCAUUAUUAUAUUGAUGUCUCAAGUUUUUCUUCUGGUUGCUUGUUAUUCAAUAUGGAAACAACAGCAGUGCCUUAAACUAAUGUCCAUGGUUUCCUAGCAUCGCUCAGAGUGAAUGUAGUACAGCCAUUCACUGUAAUUCUUCCUUGUGGACUGUAUACAUACGAAACUGGAUUCAAUUAAUUCCUGUCUUCUGUUUGACAUAAUUAUGGUUUUGGGAUGAAGGUUUGGGUGUAGAUUUGUGUCCUGUCAUUAUGUUUUUAAUGGUCAAACCGGAAUCUUUGUUAUUUUCUUCUCCUGGUAUAUUGCACCGGUGGUAGGGAAUUGAUUGUCUGGAAGUCCUGCGUGAACCAUGUGCACUUACCUUAAAAAUCAUUUUUUCACGUGAAGAUCCAGUAGGUAUUUCUUUGAUGGUUGAUAGUAUAAUCUAGCCACUUUUGCAAAAUUCCAUCCAUGAAGAUGAAAAUGUGCUGAUAUUUAUAGCUUUAUUCUUUUGAAGAUUAUAUAAUUUUUUCCGUGAUGAGCUGCUGUCUCAUCUCCUGAAUUUCUGUGGCAGCAUUGAUCUCAUUAUUUUCAGAUACCAUAUUAGAAUCGUUUGUUAAUUAUUUAAAAAAUGCUGUGCAAGUUUUUUGAGACGAGCAUUCUUUUCGUGGCUAUUCUUCAUGGUAAUGCUGGCAAAGUUUGUCAUUUUUUUAAGGAUUCCUGCGGAAGUUGUGUUUCCCUUUCUACUACAGUUAUUUUAAGAAUGCUGAUUUCCUCUCUUCUCUUCUUGUCUAUUAUGGUAACUGGACAGGUUGUUUUCAUGAUAUGUGCUAUCGCUGCAAUCAAUCCAGGUCAAAGGUAUGUGGGAUUGUGUUCGAUGGUUUUGGACUUUCAGUUUGCUUUGGGUAUUUCAUUCUAUGUCGCGCCAUUUUUUUAGGGAUAUGGUUUAUGCCUUGUUUGAUAAUCUAUCAACACGGCUAUGGUAUAGCUCUAGGACUAAGGUACUGCUUCAUAACUUUCUUACAUUAGUUUUUCUUAUCUACCUCAAUAAUUCGGAUUAUUAUUUCCUUACAUUUGAAUUAAUUUGUGAAGCAUAUCCUUUUGUUACUUAGUUGGGAAUACUUAUUUUUUGUGAAGCAUAGGAACGCUUUUGUUUGUUUCUGAAGGUGAAUUAGGAAAUUACUUUGUGCAGGAUAUGUUUACUUUUACACAUUCAUAUAUUCUUGGAUUUUGAAUUUUUUCAUGGAUCCAAUUUGUUGGAUUUCGCAUCCGCAUCUUUUUUUUUUGUUGGCCACAUUUCUUGUUGGAGUAUCAUGUUUUUUCUCUCCUGUUCUUUAUUUUUCUCGUUAUGGCUGAACUGGACCAGUCCAGACUGGUCCGGCUUAUCCUCUGUAUUAGGGAGCUGGUAUAAGUACCAGCCCUGAUGUAAAGCCUACCUUUGAGAACGUGAAAUAGGGAUAAGGGCUCUGGCUAUUUUCUCCUUUCCCCUUCCCCGCACCAUUGCUAUUGGAGAUAAGUGGAGAACGACAUUUCUCCAUCAUAACUGCAUAUCUGAGUUGUGUGAUCCAAUUUAUAUGACCCAGAUUUCACUACUGAGUCUUCUUCACGUUGGAGUUGACCAAUGUUUCACAGCCAAUGUUUUUCAUGGAAAUUGUACCACUAUUUUGAAAAGGCUAAAUCUGUGCUUGCUGUACAUUGAUAAGAUGUAAAAGAACUUGAAGUGGGUUCAAAUAACAUAAAACUGAUGGAUGGUCACCUCGCUCCUAUUUAACCUGUUCAAGGUGCUUCAUAAUUCGGAGCUUUUGGUUGUUCUGACUUUACAACUAACUCGUUUGAGGUUCAUGGAGCCUGUUUACAGAUGGGAUGGCCAGUUUUUGAAAAUCAUGCUUUAACUUAAAAGCAACUAUGGCAUUGGUUCUUUAUUUGACAACACUGCAUUCUUAUAUCUUGUUCUGUAAUUACUUUUUUCUAUCUGGAAAACUGUUCCACUUACCGUUUAUUGUGCUCUAUUACAUCUUCUGUAAAUCCUGAGUUUUAUUUUGUUUUGUUUUUUGUAGUAUUUUGAGGCGCUUCUUGGUCCACUCAUUUAUAUUUGGAUUACCUGUGAGUUAAGUUUAGUUUCUCUGGUGGAGGUAAACAUUUUAACACGUUGAAAUGUGACGUGUUGAAUGCCAUUUUCUCAGAAAUAAAUUAUGCAUUUUGAUACUGUUUAAUGUAUACAUUCUUCUGAAUGUAAGCAUGCUUCAUCAUCUUUUAGUGGUUCAACUUCUUUGUUGAUAAAGUUAUGCUGGCUCUCUUCUUUUUGUCAUGCAAACAUACUUUCACUUACAGAACAAAAUGAGCUUUCCUUGCUUUAAAUCUUGUGUGGAAAUCCUAAUAUUUGGUUGUUAUCAUCAGAGUUUGUUGGUAGAUUUGACUCUAAUUCAUCAAAAUGAUUUUAUUUAUCAUUAUCCAAUGAUGACAUCAUUGGAAUAUUUAAUUCACACAUGUGGUCGAUCUUCGUGCUUAAAAGUUGAAGAAGUUGGGCUCUUCUUAGCUCGCUUUUGUCCACUGUCUACACAGCAUAACAUUAUCCUCUGUUUUGUCCUCGAUAAAACAGUACCAUCACAUUCUGCUUUUUACUUCUCCACGUCACAAGAUUAUCACCAAAAGAUGUCUAAUAUCCAGAUGUUGAUCUCCUAUUAACUACUGGUCCUGAAUGAUCAGCAUUUGUGUAUGUCUCAAACAGCAAUUCUUCAUUUCUCUUAAAUAAAAUCUUUUCCUAGUGACUCUUUGAGAUAUUGUAACACUUGGUGAAUUGCCUACAGGACUUCUUUUGAAUUGUGCAUGAACUGGCUAAUCACACUUAUUGCAUAUGUUAUAUGUGUUCAUGUAUGAGACAGACAAAUGAUUCUUCCUACUAGGUGCUGAUACAGCUCUAUCUACUGUAGGGAUUAGUGCGUGAGAUCAUGAUUGCUUUAAGAGUUGUUGUACUUCAGCCUUAAAGCUUUCUUUAGAGCCCUUUUAAAAAAGAUUCCUUUUUACUCUUCUUUGAAUACCACCCCAAAGAUUCCUUUCUUUGCGAUUAUUCUUUCCUCACUAAUAUCCACAAUUACGUUUUUCAAUUUUAAUCUCAUGAAUCUUUCCUAAAAGGGUCAACAUCCUCUAUGCUGAUCAUGAAUAAGAGCAAACAAUACACACCCAAAGAUGUUAGGCACAAGAUUAGUUUUUAAUGGAACAUCUAAAUAAAAGAAUGACAGUAUUUCUAUGGGACUUUUUAAUCCUAUGGCCCUAGAGUGUAGAUAAUUUGUGAGGUGAGUAGCUGCUAAAGUUGAAUCUCCCAAAAAAAAAUUCAUGUACAUUGUUUUGAAAAAGAGCCCUCGUUACCUUGUGGAGAUGACCAUUUUUCCUUUCAAUUACUCCAUUUUGUUAUGUUGCAUUGGCACACGAAAAUUCAUGUAAUAUUCCUUCCUUUUGGAAAUAUGAGAUUACUAUUUGGUUGAAAUAAUCCCUAGCAUUAUGAGAUCUAAAUAUUUUGAUAUCGACUCCAAAUCGAUUCUUAAUGAAGGAACAAAAUUAUGAAAGAAUAACACUAACAUAUAAUUUAUUUUUUAUCAAAAAAAUCCAAGAGACCCAUGUACAGUCGGCAAUAAAGAUAACAAACGAUCUAGCACAAAAUAUUUGAGAUGUACGAUCCCAAAUAUUACUAUGAAUAUGAAAAAGAAAGAAUCAUACUCUUUUCAUUACUGAUGGGAAAUAAUAUACAUUUAUGUUUUGGGAAUUCGCAUACAUCAUACUUAAAGUCUUCAACACUCAGGCUUUGAAAGAGGGAUGAUGGAGUUUUGGUUGUAAAUGAUGGAUGGCCAGGUCACUGAUGAUAAAGCUCAAUGUUUUCCAUGUUUGAUCCAUGGGGUUCAAAGGAUAGGUUGCCCUUUGCAAUGUUCGAUUGACUUGAUGCUUCAAGGUAGUAGAGUCCGUUCUGUUCUCUAGCAUGUCCUAUCUUCUUCCUUGAUCCCUUGUCAUAACACAAUAGUUAUCAUAAAAAAUCACUUUUACAGCAGAGAUCUACAAACAAGCUUUUAAAUUAACACGAGGCUUGUAGACAAUCUAGGAAUCUGAAGGACAUAGCUCAAGGUUAAGGAACGAGUAAUGGAAACAUUCCCUACACCAGUUACAUUGAUUAAGGACCCUUCAGCCGUGGUUAUUUUCUUAUUUCUUGGAUAGGGAAAAUAUGUGGAAGAAAAUUUUGUCGAAUUGGUCACAUGUUCGGUGGCUCUUACAUCCAUGAUCAAAGAAGCAAAAAAGGAGUAUUUGAGGCAUUUAAUCCAACAAAAGAUGAAAAUUCUCCUGAAUGUGUUAAUGGGCAUGAGGCUAUAGACGAUUGCACCUUCUCGACCUCUUGGAUGAUAUGUUCCGACUCAUGUGGUGUUAUUUUGACUCGACUGCAUAACUGUUAAAUGAGUGUGACCACCUCUCCUGACUGCUCUCCCUUCUGUCCCCACUCCUGACUUUGAGGUCUCUCAUGAAGCUUUUAGCAUCACUCAUAAGUGUGGCCUGCCUUCUUGCAGUAGAUGCACCAUAAGGUAUCCCUAUGGUCACGGAUUGGAUUCUUUGAUUGUGUUAGUAGAGGUGGUGGUCAAGUGACCUUGACUGCUCCUGUUGGAUUACUGUCACCUCUAGCCACAAAUGUUUUGUUGUCUAUGCUUUGAUAUCACGGCAUUAGACCUCUUCUACUCUAUUCACGCCUAAUCAGGGUUACCACCUCACUGAAAGAUGGUUCUCUCUCUCAGCUGAGGAUCUGGAUUCUCACCUGAUGAAACUCAGGACUGAUCAACAAGAAGUUCUCGUAGAAUGAUUCUAUCUUCAGGAUAUCUCAUCUUAAUUGCCUUAUAUUGAUCAUUAUCUUUCAAUAAUAUAUUAAAAUGAUUCACGUACUCCAUUACAGUCUUAUCCUAAAUGUCUGGCUCUGGAAUGUCUGAUAAAUAUUAUCCUAAAUGUCCUUAGCUAUAGCGUCUUCUUCAUCCUACAACCAUGUCAUACUAAUUUGUAUUACUUACUUCUAUAGAGCUUGUAUUACUAACCUUGAGUUAUGUCUGGUAUCACUUAAUCUGGUUAUUAGGACACUAGACCUAUUAUCCAGAUUAGGUUAUUAAUAAUCUGUAUGUAUUAUUAACUUCUGGUAUGAUGACGCUCCAUCCGUGUCAUAAUCCUAGAAUCUUUUCCAUCCCCAGCUCAAAGAGAGAAUCUCCUAGCUUGGAUAGUUGGUAAUUUCCCAUGUGAAGGUCUAGAUGUAGAAGUCGUCCUAGACAUAUGUGAGCUGACAUAAAUUCCUGGUGCUCUUUCGCCUCCAAUGCACAGGAGGAGAGGAAUAAAUAUGCAUGAACCAGGUGCUCGUGUCGCAACACCAGGAAAUGAGAAGAGGCUUGACAGCCAGGAAGAAAAAGAGGCUCGACGUAAAUGUGAAGAAUACAUGAUAAGGAUGCCUAGUGGUGGAGAUGUCCCAAGCUAGCAGAGGUCCCUGAUCAAACCUUCAGCUCUGAUACCAUAUUGAGUGCUGAAAUUGUGAGCAGAGAAAUCCUAAAUCAUGGAUAAAAUGCUUGGGUCUGGUAUAAAUACAAGACUAGUUUGACACUAGGCAAUACAACUCUGGAAAAGAAAAAAAGACAAUAAAGAAAGGAAAUAAAAUAAAUAAAUAAAGUAAUAGGACUCAUUCCAACAAUGUUAUUGGUUUUGUUAUGUAAGUUCAAAGCUUCUUUUAAGAUCUACAGAGUUUUUGGUAUGUUUCCCCUUUUUUGAGACAAAAAAAGCAUUUAGUGUUCUCAGAUCAGCAGUAUAAGGACCAGUAUUCACCAGCCUAUUUAAAUGUUUUUAAAAGUGAUAACUGAAAGCAUCGUUCACAUGCAUUUAAAAUGAUUUUGUUUCUUCUCUCAUUUCUCAGAUGAUGUAUAUUUAUGCGAUGUUGUCGUUCUGCAGUUAUUUUCCAGAUAAUACUUAUUGUUGCGUAUAUUUAUCAUUCAGGUUCGAGAUCUCUUCAUUGUGAAAGCAGAACCAAAGGCCUUUUUACAGUUCUGCUGCCCAUGGCUUAUCUCAUUAUUACUUAUUAGGCAGGAUUUGGCUAAUCUUAAUUUUAUUUCUUCGGUACGUACAGGAAUCUGUUUAGAAGCUCAUGCAUCACUUAAUCUGGUUAUUUCUGCAUGCAUCUAGUGUUUGCUACGCUGUAUUUGACCAUUAUAUUCUUACUUGUGCCCUAGGAUGCUGAUUAUGAGGAAUAUCUUUUCAGUUGUGGUCAAUAUGUAGGUUACACCAGAGUAACUCCUAUCUUUUACAUUUAGGUGGGUUUUGGUAAUUCUUAGUGUAUUGCUCUUCCUUUAGGGGAAGGAAUAAUGUUAUCUUAAAACUCUAAACGGUUUAGGCAUUUACACUAUUGAAAUAAUAAGAUGUACUAUGCCUAUGGGUGAGUAGAGGCUUCGCUAUUCCAGACCUUGGAUUGCAGCAUUUUCUGUUGUUAAUUGAAGCACAUGUUUAUGUGCACAUGCUCAUAACCAGUUUUGGAAACCAUGACUUUGGUAAAGCUCUAUAAUUAUGCCGAUUUAAUUUUAUAAACUAUGAGAGUUUUGGCCAUUACAAUCUGUGAUCUUUGUUUAUUUCUUUUAUUUUUGUUUGGUCUGUCAUUUGUAUGAUGUCUUUGCCAUGUUAUUUUGCUAAAACUUAGGUAUUAUUCACGACGUAAUUUCUAAUACCGUUUUUCGUGAAUGAUUAUUUCCAAGACUGGUUGGGGCCUACUCUGCUGUCAAAUGGACUGCAAUGCCUGGACAAAGAGAAUUCGCAAACACAAUUUUUCAUUUAGUGCCAAAACGGAAAAUUGGAAUUCAAAUUCAGUCAUUUACCGUACACCACAGUCCUGUGGAUCAGAAAUGACAUAAAAGUAGAAAGUUGAAGGUUUUUUCAUGAACAAGUGCAGCAUCGUGAAGAAUCUUAUCAAGUUGAUAGUUGGUAGCUUGUUUAGUUGUCAUCUGAAUGUUUUUUCUUGUCUAAUUUUAUGGAUGCAGGUUGCUGGUCAGCCUUUAGCUGUUCUUUCGAAAAAGCAUUUUGUUAAAGUUUUUUCUAUCUGUAUCGCAUUACGAUCUAGUGCAAAUGCGGACAAUGAAGCAGGAGAAUUUGUAUUGUCCAGUUCAAUUUUGCACAUUGCUGAGAUUUCUGAGCAUGAACGUGACGACCUUAUAAAGAAACACAUGGUCUGAAUUUAUUGUUUGUUUAUAUUUGCAUUUUACUUAAACAAUAUAUUGAUUUCUUUUUUCCUUUUAUAUAAAAUAUUAGAUCAUAUAUGCCAUCUUUUUUGUUUGAAAACCUUUUUUUCUUUUGCAUAAGGGCAUCUGUCAGGGUAUUUUAUUCGCUUGAGUUGUGUUCAACAUCAGAUUUUCCCGUAUACCAUUUUUUAUUUCAUGUUAUUUGUUUUGGUGGGUAGUAAGAUGAUAACGCGCUGUCUACCAAGUGUGUUAGUAAUUCAAUGCUAUUACUUAUUUCACUAUCAGAAUGAAUAGCUGUCUAAAUUCGCAGCUAGAUUCUGAGCUGAUUGUGAUCACAUCACUUCGAUCAGUCUGUUCAGGGGAAAUAAUUUGAUGUGGUACGUAAAUAAGAUGAGCUCAAUUUGAUAAAGUGAACAUGGAUAUAACCCUAAAUAUGCUAUAUGUGCAAUGAAAUAAGUUUGAGAUCUUUAUUGGCAUCUCGUAAAUGCUCGCUUGCAUUAUUCAUAUCAUUUUAUCCAAUAUCAUUCGUGCUCCUUGAUUUCUACGUCAUUUAACAGUGUUAUAUUCAUGUUUUGCAUGCUGUUCAUGGUGAACUUGGGAACUUGCCAAGUUGGUGCAUUACUUUGUAAUCUGCUUAAUAUUCUCGUCCUUUUUGUGUAUAGGUGUCAAUUGUCAGCUGCCUUCUGUCGCUUACUUUCUGUGGAUCAGACCCACCGAUACCCUUUUUUUCCAUGGAGACGAUCGCAUCUGGCAUAAAAACAGUAGUUGAUGGUUUCUUAGAGAUGUAUAUAUUUUUUAUUGAAAGUUAUCUUUUUUCCUCCGGUUUGAUGUUGACUUCAAAAAUUUAUUAUGUAUUGGUCUGGAAUACUGCAGAGAUGAUUCUAGUACGGCGGAUGUGAUUAUUGAUAAACUUAAUGUCUUUCGUCCGGAUAGGGUAUUUAAGGUGAUACUUAUCGGCUAGUAGUAUGACCUGUUGUUUGAUCUGUCUGCUUGUACGUUCUUUUCUCAAUUCCUUUUCAAUAUUUGCAGUUUCUUUUAGAGAUUCAUUACCAGAUAACAAGUACUGCUCAUCAUCGACACAAGCGUCAUGUGUUGUCUAGUGUUGAGGUUCUUAUGAAAACAAUUGGACAUAAAGCCACCGUUUCGAGCACUUCACUGUGAGAUAUUUCCUUGUACCUAAAAAAUUGAUGGUCUUAUUUGAUUUACUGCAUCCUAUAGAACAAUGACGAUUCUUUAUUCUGUCAUUUAUUUUCUUUUGGCUUAGUUUCAGUUUUCCUAUUUUACAUGGUGUUAGAGCCUAUAUGCUUUACAUUGUCGUCAUCCAGCUCAUAGGGUUUAUUGGAGCCAUAUGCUGUUUGUUUUUCUAUAAACUGAAAGUAACCAGCUACUUUGGCAUUCCUUUUGCCACCUUGGUGCGGCAUCAAAAGUUCGUGGUCAAUGGCUCAGUAACAUGUUGUUUCAAAAGUUCCUUUAGCCUAAACACUUCUUGUUUGGCAAACCCCUUUAUAUUGUCAAGAAAAAAAUUGGAUUAAGCAUUCCUCCUAUUGGAAAUUGAAGAGAAUGAUAUGCUUGGCAUGACACUCCCGUUUAGGGUCUGUUGUCACACAAUUUAUCUGCUUAGUUGAAGGGUGGGAAAUGGGUUUUAUCUAACUGUACUUCAAAUUAACUGAAUCUUGGCCAUGUAGAUUAUAGAGGGUUAGAGUAUGUUUUGGCUUCAAUCGUAUUUAUUAACCUCCUUGUGUCCAACAUCAUGUUUCACUUGUUUUGUGGAUGAUCCUGAGAUUUUGCAGAUCACAAAAUAUCAAUUUCAUAUUAUAACAUUGAUGUCGGCGACUUAACCACUGUGUAUGACAUUGUUGAAACCUAUGGAUCUUCAGAAGUCAAGUUGUUGAUGAUUGAUAUUCCUCUGUCUCUCUCAUUCAUUGCGUUCUGUCAAUAGGUUAUGAAGAAAUGCUCAAAUUUUGAUGUCUUAUGUUGCACCUUGUAAAAAUCAUUUUGGUGGAUAGUUGGCUGAUAGUGUCACACAGGAAAAUGUAAAGUUGAAAAUACUGCUGUUGAUUUGACCAACUUUGAUCAAACAGUUGGUUCCAACUGAUGCAACCAAUUGUUUGAUCAACAUGGCAUCAGGCACCUCCUGCUUUACCUCCAUGUAGAAAAAAGUGUGGAUGAGAGCCCUAUGGAAGAUCUAGUCGUUAGAGCAAUGAUCUGCGUCCUAUUUAUAUCUGUUUAUUGCCAAUGAUCAUUCUGUAUCAAUUCUGUCGGAGAAAAUGUGAAAUUUAUUAUUUCCUAACCUGUAUCUUCUUUAAUUUGUUUCAAUCUGUGUUGGCAGUUACAUCUUCAAUUUAGUUGGGCAAUUUAUUACUGAUCCUGCUUUGCAAGAUCAGUGCUGUGAUAUCUUGUCCAUGCUACUGUCAGCCUUUCAAAUUUCUUCUACAAAAGAUGAUGUGAAUGUACUUGGUGAACAACUUCAGGUUUUCUUUUUGUGCCCUGAUAGCUUCAGUUGACACUGUUUCUCUCAUCUUAUUUGUAAUUUUUGAUUUUUUUGACUAUGCAGUUUUUGGUCUCUAAAUUGGUCAUUUGCUGUACUCCUUAUGAGACGAGAGAGGGUCCCAGUUCUCCAUCAUCUAAGAUUCUAUCUUUGCUCCAACAGUUAACUGUGGAUGCCGAUAAGUCUCUUUAUGACUACAUCAGAGUAUGAAAAAAAUUCGUUUCUCUAUUGUAGAUGUUUUGUCUCAGGUUUCUGAAUUUUUCCAUUAGCACAGACCCCAUGAAGUUUAAUGCCUUUGUUUCUAUGAUUCCAGGGACUGGAACCCUUUCCUGAUCUUCCUUGUUUUGAGAGAAUCAAAAGCUUCCAUGAUGAACUUUGUAGGGCUAACUGCCCUCGGGAUCACUUUUUGAAAGUAAAUGAUCCUCCAUUAGUUCCAGAGUGUUCAUAUUUUCUUAUAGGUUUCAAUCUUACUCCGAUCUUAUUGUUUCCCAGCUCGUGAAGAAAAUUAGCUACCUUCCUCAGACACUUGUCGUUUGGAGGUAACCUCCAUUCAUGCUUACUACGUUUGUGCUUAUGAAUGUCUCUCUUUUUUCCUCAAUAUCAAAACACGGAUUUGUGUCUUAUUUUUCAGUCUCCGCACUUUGACCACAAAUCUCCCAACAAGAAAGGGUGUCCAGCUUGAGGUGAACGCUAUUGGCAUAUCUGAGGAACUCAAUCUUUGGAAUUCUGACCCUGAACUAGUUUCUGGUGUCUGGGCUCUUCUUGGAAUUUGCGGCUCUAGUGAUGCCAAAGAAAUCAAGUCUCUGGUUUCUGCUUUCAUUUCUCAGGUUUGUUGUUUCGAGCAUUCUCAUAAUGUUUGUUGUAGUGUGUGUAUUCAACAGCGACUGGGAAAAAAAACUUUUCUGUACAUAGUGAACUGCUAUUCCUUCUUUGUACCUUCUUAAUUCAUUGUUUGAGGUUCUUGUUUCAUUAAAACUUUUCUGGUUAUUAAAACUUUUCUGAUUACUUCCUGAAAUUAUUUGACCAUGUCCAGGUUGGUAUUGGGGAUCCUCAUCGUAUCGUCUUCCAUCUGCCAGGAGAUACAGCGCGAAAUGAAACUUUUUCAAAAUAUGGCGGCAGUAUUGUUAGCAAUGAAAGCAUUCUUAGUGAUGUGGGUUUUUCGGAAGAAGUGUUGAUUAGUCUUAUUAGAUUAUUGAAGAAGUACUUCCUUGAUGAUGGUGUGACAGUGGUGGAUUUGACUUCACGUACACUCCAGGUGAGUCAAUUGAAAUGAGAUAGUCAAAUCUGGUGAAUGGUGUCAAUGUCUUAAUUUUGAUGCGGCAAGGCCAUUCGAGUAAGCUAAAAGCCACUUGAGAUGGUCACACCAACAUGUUUCAUCUUUUUGAAAAUUAUUGUGCUGUCCAAUUCAAAAUGAGUCGCCGUUGAGUAGAGAAGGCCGUUCUGUAUGAUCACUAGAUUUUUUUUUCUAUGUCGGACUAUACCAUCAGAUGGCUUCGUGAUAAAGUUUGCAUGACAUAGUUGAUAUCUAUUUACCAAGGUUACGAGUUGAAUAUCAUCUUAAGUAAUGGUUUUUUUUGCUAAUACUGUCACUUAUGAAAAUCUCACACUCUUGCCAUGCACAUCAGGUAUGUAAGGCUACUUGAAUUUUUGCUUCUGUAUGUUUGAACGGGGUACAAAGGCAAUAAGAAGGAUGAAAAAAAAUAAAGCAAUGCAAGAUAAUUAUGAAAACUAUCUGUUUAUAGGUGAUUUAUCAGAGUAUUUCACUAGUUUCUUUUGUAUUGGCAGAGGUAAGGUCAGAAGUGUUUAGGCUAGAUAGUCAAUUUAUUUUAUUUUCCUCCCCUAACUUUGUAAAUUUUGGCUGUGGAUUGUAUGCAAUAGGAAGCAAAUAACUCACUGUUAAACAUUUCUGAACCUCACUAAGGUUUUGCUUAAUCCACCAGGGGAUUCUUUCAACCGAGAUGGGUCAGUGUGCUCUUUCUUCCUUCAAUGGUUACGACAAGUCUUUAAUUUCUGUAUGUAUACUAUGACAGAAAAAAUAUGUCAUUUGUAUUGUUUCUGUAAUUCCUAUAUGUUUUUUCAGGAUUAACCUCUUCACUUUCUUCUAGGUUCAUUCAAAAGGUGUUAAUUCUGAAGUUGUUGAGAAGUUGAUAUUUGAUUCUAGAGAGAAGCCUACAGGUAUUGGAAUUAUUCAUUUGCAGACUCUCCCUCAUGUUUCUAGUUUGAGAUGAAAGUAAUGUAAGAUAUAAAAUGUUUGCAAAAACUAGCAAAUAAUGGGACAGAAAUGGAACACUAGGAAAAAUCCUAGGGUGGAAGAUGUACAUUUGAGAAGCAGGAGAAAACCGUUUCUCCUUAGACAGGAUGGAGGGUACCAUCAGUGAUAGGAGGAAGCUCAGAACUCUAAAAGAACCUGUCGGACAGGAAGGAGGAUACUUUUGGCUGUAGGAGGAAGCCUAGAACCCAAAGAGAGACUGUUGGAGGGGGGUGGCAACAUCAGGCAGUAGUAGGAAGUCAACACCAAGAGAUAAUACUGAAACCUUUGUCUAGACGGUGGAGAUUCCUUCCCACUCACCAUUCGAACUAGGAGAGGAAGUAGAAGAGGCUUGAUGCUUGAGCCACAAAGCAUGUACAGGUCAACUAUAGUGGCUAGAGGUGGCAAUAAUUCGGCCACAAACAUUGAGAGAGCACAGGUUGCUGAGAUUGACCAUAAGGAUAGCUUAUGAUGCACUUACUGUUAGAAGCCACAACAUACUCUUGAACGAUGUUGGAAGCUCCAUGGAAAACCUUUGAGUCGAGGAAAAGGACAGAAAAGAGAGCAGCCAAGGAACAAUGGUCGAGCUCAUGUCAUGACAGUGCAUCAGAAUGAAGCAGCACCGAAGGAGUCAGGUGCUCUCAACCAAGAAGAGGUCAAGAGGGUAAGAUCUUUCAUUGGGAAUCUUGACAAUGAAAUCUGUUCAUUAUGUAGAAAUUGAGGGUUCGUACUGGAGGCAUAUACAGAUGUUGAUUAUGCAGGGUCAGUGGUUGACAGGAGAUCAACCUCUAGAUAUUGCAAUCUCAUGAUGUGGAGAAGUAAGAAAUAGAUCGUGAUAGUACAAUCUAGUGCAGAGGCUGAAUUCCAAGCAAUCGUUCAAGGUCUAUGUAAACUACUUUGGCUCAAGUUCAUCUUAGAAGACUUGAAGAUUAAGUGGGAUGGCUAAUGGGUCUGAAAUUAGUAUAGCUCACAACCCAGUGCAACAUGAUCGAACAAAACAUAUCAAGAUUUUCAGACACUUCAGAGAAAAGUUAGAGAACUGAUUGAUUUGUACAUUUCACGUGUCUACACGUGGCCAACUUGCUGAUGUACUUAGGGAUUUAGUCUAGUAUUUCAUAGUAUUGUAUCUAAAUUGAGACUUGAGAAUACCUAUUCGCCAGCUUAAAGGGGAGUGUGGGAACGAACAUAUAUUUAGGAGUUAGUUUAUGUUGGUCGGUUUCUAGUUGAGAGCAGUUUCCUAUUUUGUUAGUUUCCUAGUUGGUCAGUUUCCUUAACCUAGUUAGUUUCCUUUUUUAUGGCCAGGGUUAUUGUAUACAAUUAGCAAUUGUUCCAUGAUUUGAGGAGCAGAAGAGCUUUUUCCCCAACCGUUUGUUCCUGUAUGGUUUGAAUUAUGUUUGAAAGGAAUUGAUUUCUUAUUGCCAUUAGAUGUCAUUAGUACAGAAGACUAGGUUUGGGGACGACGUAGUUAAAUGACUACCCUAAUGAUGAUAAAAAAGGAUUGGGAUUUUUCUAGGACCGUAUUUUGCUUUGAUAUCAUGUUAGCGAAUACCAGAAAAUGGAAGGAGAGAGGUGAAACACUGGGAAAAAUCUUAGAGCAGAAGAGGUAUACUUUCAACCCUAUGUCCAAAAUUUCUCUUUUAACCCUAUGUUUGACUACGAUUUUCUCGUUUCAUAAGCCUCUGUAUAAACCUCUGUAUACAUGGGCAGCCAUAGAGAAUUUUUCAUAAUCAUGCCUGGUGUUGGCUGAAUGGUGUAAAUUUUUUUGUCUGAGCUUAUAUGUUGAUUUAUGUUCUACCAUCUUGCGUUUCAUCCUUCAUAUGCUAGGAUCAAUGCACUGAAGCUGCGUUUCCCCUCUUUUAGAUUGUAUUUUUCACACACCAGACGCCUCAUGUUUUUUUUAUUAGUAUAAUUAUUCAAAGCGAUAUGAACUAGAAUUUCUAAUUUUAUGAUGAUCCCCUCCCCCCCCUCCCACACACACACCGUAGAGGAUCUCUCGGCUACAGCUUUGUGGAGAACUCAUUCAAAAAGCUAUGAGAUGUGGAUUUGUUCGCUUGUUCACUCGCUCAUUUGUUUUAGUGAUGACGUAAUCUUAAGGUAUGAAGUGCUUUGCUUCCUUAAACACCAACUUUCCACUGUUAGGUGUCAGUGAAACUGCACUGUUGUUAGACAUUGGUAAAUAGUCCUUUCAUUUUCCAUGAGAAUUUCAGGUUAUGUCAGGACAUUGUACUGUUGAAAGUGGAACUGGCAGAGCUUUUGCUUCCAAGUGUCUUGGUCAACAUAUCUGGGAGGAAUGAUUCUGUAGUUGAUCUUUGUCAGAUAAUCUCAAUGAAGGUUGUCAAAUGCAUCAAUUAUGUAUCCAUCUUCAGUGUCUUUCUUUGUUUUCGUUGGUAUCAUUUUCUGUAUUUCUUUUGUCUCUUUGUUUGUGUUCCCCUGUAGCUUCAUGGAACUGUCCUUUUAAUAUGGUCAUAGAUUUUUAAAGACAAGUUAUGCGGAACUGUUUGAUCCUGAUUGUAAUUGUUUCAGCUAAGAGGGAACCUGAUCCUGUUAAUCAUAUGUUGCUGUUCUCUAAGCAAGGAGUUGGUGUGUUAAGAGAUUGAGUGCUGAAUUUAUCCGUACAGUUGUGGUUACACUUUUUUUUAUCGUUUCCUUUCUUUCACAAUAAUGGAUUAUAAAAUGUUGACUUGUAGAAUCACACAGUGGUGUUUACUGAGUUAAUUGUAAUCGUAGUUUUUUUCAGACAUGAUAUGCGAAGCUGUUUCAUCCUGAUUGUAAUUGUUUCAGCUAAGAGGAACCUAAUUGUAGUUUAAAGGGCAGUAAAUAAUAAAUAUUUGUUUUUUCCUUUUAUGUUCCUAACCUCUAAUAUUCAUUCAUAUUUUUUCACCGAUUCUAUCUUUAGAUUUGGAGUCACCAUUUUUCCAGAUUAAUGAGCCAAUUAUUCUUUAUCAUCUGAUCUGUUGCGUUUAAUAAUUUCGUGCCAUUGCCAUAUUGAUGAGUUUGUGGAAUAUGCUUGACGACAAAUGCUUCAUUCAUAAAAUUCUAAUUUCCUAUUUCCUGCUUCAUAUUGGUGUUCGAUUUCGAUGUUAGGUUUUUUUCUAAAAAAUUACUUUAAUUACGAAAAGGUUUUUUUUUUUUCAGUUCCUUAUUCUUUGAUAUAGUCAAUUGUCAUGGAAAAUGUACUGUAACAUAUUUUGAUCAGAACUGAGGAAAAGAAGUUAGCUGAUCUCAGCCCCAACUGCCUGAUCUGAGUUGGGAGUAUUUGAUUCCAGCCAAUUUCGGGGAUAUUAGAGUGUUUCUGAACUUGAUAAAAUAAAGGAAACGAGUAGCAGACAGAAGAGUGGAUAAAAGAAGCAGAGGUCUGUGUUUGUGGCUUGUGUAAAAUUUUCAAGCGGUCGUCAUAAUCUUGUUCUAAACGUUCUUCAGUUUAUUCAAAUACAUGAUCAUAGUAAUAUCUGAUAUGAGUCUGCCAAUCUUUCUAUCGAGAAUGCUGAUUCUCAUAUGUAUAAGUCUGAUCCAUGUGUAGAAAGAGGCAUAAAGAAGGAAAUAACUUUCGAUUUUUUAUGUGUUACAACUAGAGAGAGAGACAGAGAAGGAGAAGGAGAGAGAUGACAGAUAUGGAAAGAGUACUUUGCCCUAAUCUUGGAGUCUAGCAUAUAUACUAGACUCUAAAUGGGCUUGGGUGGACCAGUUCCGCCCAGAUAGUUAGAUGGAUGGUCCAGCCUAGACAUACGCACUCCAACAGCCCCCCUCAAGCUGGAGUGUAUAUAUCAUACACUCUUAGUUUAUCGCAUAGAAAUUCAACUCGGUGGCUAUUCAGAGGCCUGAUAAAAAUAUUGGCAAGUUGAUCAUUAAAUUUAACAUGCACAGUAGUGAUGAGACGUGCCUGUAGCUUCUCUUUGACAGAAUGACAACCAACUUCAAUAUGUUUCAUCCUCUCAUGAAAUACAUAAUUAGAGAUGAUGUAGAUUGCUGCUUGAUUAUCGCAUUUGAGUUCCAUAGGACUAGGAUAAAGGAAAUCAAAUUCUUCAAGAAGAUGAUUGGUUUAUAUAAGUUCACAUGUAAUUUAUGCCAUUGUCCUAUAUUUUGAUUCAGUACUUUGGACUGUAAGAUGACCAUUGUUCUUAUACAAUAAUCUUUUGCUCAGAUUUCUCUUGAGAUAUCUCAAAAUCCGCAUACCUACAUCCAGAUGUUUUGUGUGUGGUCAUUCUAUGAACUGACUCACUACACUAAUAGCAAAAGAAAUAUCUGAUUGGGUGAUGGUUAAAUAGUUCAGUAUACUAACUUGACAUCUACCUCCCUGGAUUCUCCAACAUGGCUCUCUCAUCAAGAGAUAAUUUCAAGUUAGAAUCUAUCAGAGUGGUAGUUGAUUUUGUAUUUGACAUACCCAUUUCCUCAAGGAGAUCAAGGACAUACUUUCAUUGGUUGAUCGCAAUACCCUCCUUGGAUCAAGCAAUCUCAAUUCCCAAAAAGUAUUUAAGAUUACCAAGGUCUUUAGUGGCAAAAUGUCCUUGUAAGAAUUCCUUGAGUUGCGAAAUAUCUUUGUGAUCGUGUUAGGUGAUAAUAAUGUCAUUGACAUAGAUGAUUAGUAAGAUACAACCAGAAAAUGAAUGUCUAUAAAAGAUUGCAUGAUCAAUCCCACAUCUUUGAAGAUCAAACAUAACUAUAUUACUACUGAAGUAGCUAAAUUAGGCUUGUGAAAAUUGGUUAAAAUCAUAGAGAGAUUUUAGCGGAUGAUAAAUCAUACUAGACUCCCUUUGAGCAACAAACCCUAAAGAUUCCUCUAUAUAAAUCUCUUCUUAUAAAUCACCAUGAACAAAUGCAUUCUUGAUAUUUAGUUGAUGAAGAGGCCAAGAGAACCGUACAGCUAACUUUAUUACGGGGAGAGAAUGAAUCUAAAUAAUCCUCACCAUGCACCUAGACCAACUUUAACAUUGAAGACCCAUUUGCACCUGACAACAUAUUUAUGAGGCGGUCACACUAGGUACCAUUUUACUUGAGAGCAAUCAUCUCCUUCAUAGUUGUAUGCCACCCAAGAGGACCAAAUGACUCUGAAACAUUUUUAAUAGGUACAUCUAAUAAGGUCAAGAUAAAUGCAGAAUUGGUUGAAGGCAAAUGAGUACUAGAGGUGAAGGAAACAAAACCGUUUCAUAUUUCGUAAGGCAAUGGGUAUAUCCAAGUUACUUGGGACAGAAAUAUUUUCAAGCUGACCUUCAGACAUAUUGGGGAUUGGUUGUGGAUGGAACACUUUAUUAGCUGCCAAAGAAGUCUAGAGAGCUCUCUACCUUGUACACUUCUGUAACACGGGGUUGACUAGCAGACUCAACAUGACUAUCAACUAUAUGAAGGUCAAUAUUAGAAAAAGAGCUAACAUUGCCAGAAACACUGUGCCAUAAAGCAAUGGGUUAUAAUAGUUAUACCCUUUUUAAAUGCAAGAUUAUCUUAAGAAAAUUCACUUCAUAGACUUAAGCCAAAUUUAUCUUGACCAACUUCUAAUUUAUAGACAAAAUAGACACCCAAAUAUUUUAGGUGGAACACUAUAUAAUGGCUCCCUUGGGUGAAAAAUAGAGUAAUAAAUUUUAUUCUCUAAAACGAAAGAUGACAUUUGGUUGAUCAGAUAUGUUGGUAGUUAGUACAACAUCUCCCCAAAAUUUUAUAGGAACGUGCAUGUGUAGGAAUGUAUGAGUAGUUUCAGUGAUAAGUCCAUGUUUCCUCUCAACAACACCAUUUUGCUGAGGGGCAUGAGAACAUGAUGAUUGACAAAUUAUCACAUGAUGGAGUAGAUAUUGUGAAAAGGAAGAGUUAAAAAUAUUCUUUUGCAGUGUCAAAAUGUAGCACGUGGAUGGUCUAGCCCAAUUGAUUUUUCAUUUCAGCACAAAAUGAGUAAAAGAUAGAGAAUACCUUAUAUAUCUCCAUUAUGAGAUAUAAUCAUGUAACCUAUGAGUGAACAUCAAUAAAUAUAACAAAGCAUUUGAAUCCAAAUUUGAUGUGACAUGAUUAGCAACCGAUACAUUUUAAUGAACCAAAUCAAAGACACACAUGACUAGAAUGUUGGUGAUUACUCAACUAACAUGACUCACAUUCUAAUGGCUCUUGACCAAUAAGAUUGGGAGUCAAUAACUUGAGAUUCCCAAGAGACACAUGACCCAAUUAGUUAUAAAUUUGAAGUGGUGAAGCAGUGACACACGUGAAAUGAGAAGCUUUACCCAAAUAGUAUAGUAAUCCAUGCUCAUAUUCUUCGUCAAUUGACCUCCAUGUCUUAAGGUCCUGAAUGAAACAAGAAUUAGUAUGACAACUUGAAGAGCACAAGUUUACUAAUAGAAAUAAGGUUAAAAGGAAACUUAGGUAUGUAAAGAACUAAUUUGAGAGAUAACUUAGGUGAUGUGGACACAAUCCCCUAAGUAGUGAUUAUGUGCCUCUGGACUAUGACUGAUGAUGGUAGAAUUAUGAUAUAUUUCAACUCAUCACCCAUCACUGGGAUAUUGAUUGUUGACCUGUUGACCUGAUCCAUGAUGUGCGGAGGCACCUCUGCUAGCCAAUGAUCGUUGAUUGUUGAUGGUGCGGGAUGCCCAGACGUUUGUUGAGGAAUUAGGGUUUGGCAGUGGCCCCAAUCCCCCCUUCUGAUUAGGGUUCCUCACUUGGACGAUGACUUGAGUUGUCCAAGCAGAACCAGGAAGAAAUGUUGGUCUGUGAGACAGCUAGAUGUCACAGGACUACACGAGAUGAUGUCAGGACAACCAAACUGAGGAGGUGGAGGAGGGGAAAUGGGGAUUCCGAAGCAUUCGUCCUCUUUGAACAGUGAGAGACAAUGCUGAAAUGAGGGGAUGAUGGCAGAAUGGCAAAAGAUGGUGCCGGACAUAGAGAGAUGCCUAAAGGACGAUCUGGGAGGCUUAGGACGGCUAGAUGGAGUGGGAUGCUGUCUAGGGCCCUGAUGCUGUGUAGACAUAUAUGCUCUAACAUUAUGGAUAUUAGCUGCCAUAUCAAAUUUUGGGUUCUGUGAUUCUUGGAGUUCGCCUUACCAUCCACCCUUUUCUCGUCUGCAAUUUCAAUUAUUAAGCUUGUAUGAUGAUACUUCAAUCUUCAGUCUCUCAUGAACUGUACUAAAAUAUUUUCUUCUGUGUUGAGAUAUUGGAUAAAUUUGACUGCGUUUUGUACUUGCCUGAAGAUGGGUUUGUGAUUUUCCUGUGCAAUCCGUUUUCAUUUUAUCGUGCCUUCUUUAUAGUGUAAUAAGCUGAUACGAUUACAGUAUUGAGUGUCAUUUGACAUAGUUCUAAUUGGCCUUAAAUAUUUUUUAUUAUAUAUAUAUAAAUCGUUCUACUGGCAGGUCGAAGAAAACAUAUUUCUUGAAUCCAACUAUGCAAUCAAAUCUAUCCAGAUCUGGUUGAAUGUGCUGAACAUUCUUCGAUCAUAUGACAACACAGAAAUGUCUCACUCAUUUCAAAGAACCUCAAAGGUUGGCUUAUUACGUCCUUAAGUUAGUAUUAGUUGAACUUAUUUUCCUUCUAUCAGAAGUUUCUUUUUCAACUUGUCUUUUUUAUUGAUUUCUCUAGCCAAGUAUAAUUUUGAUUUCACCAACAUAUAGUAAUGUGACUUGACUGUACGGAGGAUAUAGAAAAAGUGUUCCAUUGUUGGAUCAUUAGUUUUGGCCCGUGUCAGGGGCCGGUGCAGGGACUUGAACAAGCAUGUACGGAUCCUUAAAACUACGAGCAGCAAUAAUUUGAUCUGAAUAUACAGUGGCUCCCGAAAAGUUCUUGGUGGAAACGUUUAGUAAACAACCCUAGCUAUGGUUCAUGAAAGAAUCUUAUCCAUCCACUUUCAUAGAUGAAUGGAUCUCAAGGCUUACACAUAUGUAGUGCACCAAAAUCUUGGCCACUUUUGAGUUUUUUUUUACUCUAAAUUUAUAUUGAUAGAUAACUUGAGAUGAAGCUAGUAUGUAGGAGACAUGUACUAUGACACCAAGAUCUAAGGUAUAAUUGGCACAAUCCACUUGGAAGAAUCACUUGGUGUAAAACUGGUUUCUUGGAGAGAGAAGCUGAUAUGGACCCUUUUGAUCAUAUCUGUGAAGCGUUGCUACUGGAUUAGACUUUAAAGUACCUGAAGCUGUUUGCAUCUACAAUGGCGUUGUACCAAAUAUUGUUCUUAAUUUUCCAAAUUUAUGUUAAUGUGUUUCAAAUAGAAUGCUUAAUUUGAGAAUAUGAAAAUAAUUCCACCAUCAACCCUUUUCAGUUUGAUGAAUUUCUGUUUUUUUCUGAACAUUCCGGCUGAAUACACUUUUAUUUCCUUGUUUUUUCUGCUUCCGUUCGUCUAUCACUUAUUCUUUCUAACUUCUGUUAUGAGCUGUUUGCAGCAUGGUAGACAAAGUGUUCCAAGGACCCGUUAUACACCAGCGCUGCAUGUAGAGUUGUUAUCAAAUUCCUCGUGGAAGAAGGUAAUAUUUGAAAAAUGUGUCGCCAGUAAGAACUGCUAUUCAUUUUUUAAUAAUUAUCGUUGCUCCUUUCUUCAGUCUCGCCAUCUUUUAAACUCUUGGUGGUGAAACUGUAAUUCAUGUCAUUUUUUUUAUUGUUCCCUGAAAUUAUAUUGCUUUGAAAGUGCAUUGAUGUUUCAGAUUGAUCAUCUGCUGCUGGACUUUUAAAUAUAAGUUUUAGCACCGGAUCAAUCAUAAUCGUAGGUUUCGGUGUCAACAUUGGGUUGUCAUUUAUAAUUCCUAUAACUUGUGCUUUCUUGUAGUCUCAGCUUUUGAAGCUUCUCAAUCCAAAAGGUUUGGCUGAUAUCCUAGUCUAGCUUGGUGGGCUUCGAUUCCAUAACUGAUCUAGGUUGUUUUCGAAGGGGCAUAUUCUGUCUUUAUUUUUUUUGGGCAUAACUGGUGUGAGGGAAAUUCCUUUUGGGUUAAGGUGACGACAGUUCAUAUAGUCAUGGUGGAGGAAAAAUGAGUAGAAGAAGCUUUUGAUUCUGUGAAUCACAUGAUAAUAUGCGAAUCCAAUUCUUUUAAAAAAACUGGUAUUCCAAAGUGGAACAGAAGGGCAAUAGAAGCACACAUAGUGUUACCUGUUACUGCUCGUUUCAAUGCAGAGGUACUAGUGACAACGAUCAACUGGUUGUUUAUUAUUUGAUUCAGUUAUGUGUACUAAUUUGUUCAAGGAAAUUUGAAUGAAGUUCUUGUGCAGUAAUUCUCCUGGAGGACCGUGCUCUUCUAAAGAGAAGCUAUUAUUCAUUCAAAGGUAGCUUUGUGUUAGAAACGUAUUGGUGAAGCACUUGAUCCAUGCUAGUAAACUUUGCACGAUCUUAAGGAAAUAAGAUGUCGAAGGAAAUUGCCCUGUGCUGAUAAUCUCUAUUGAGACAGACAAACUGCCUGGUCAUAUUCGGAGGAACUGGCUCUUACAAGCUACUGACCGACCCAAUUCAAUUAGAGGUUAACAUUUUAUUGUUUUAUUGGAUCCAAAAAGGAGGUUUAAUUCAAAUGUUCCAGAGAACAUUUUAACAAAGAAAUCUCCCUAGCAUUCAGCUUGUAGGUUGCAGGCCUACUGUAAUAAUGUUACUGUAGAGAAACAUAGACACAGGGAGAAUAACCUCUGUCACUGAGGACAGAGGGCAGAACGGCAGACAACCGCCUCUCAUUUCAUUCACCUCUGGCAUCCCUUAUAUAGGGAGGAACCCUAGACAACUGUCCCAAAAUACCCUCGUUUUUUUGCAGUAUUUCCUAACGACUUAGAACUUCCAACAGUUACUUUGCUUAGUUGCCCUUUAAAUUCUAAAAUAGUGUAUUAGCGAUCAGAAGCCCCAGUGGACAGCAGCUGAUUUUAGUGGUCCACCUUCUAUUCUGUUGUAUCCAGUCCUGUCCCUAAAUUUACUUCUAGCCUUUGUGGUCUUCUUCUCACAAUGGUUUCUAAUUGUCUGAGAUGCAUUUAACACGUUUCUGAUGUUUGACCACUGGUUUCAUGUAACAGUCAAUUUUAUUCCUUUUGUUAUUGAUGUUCUGAUAUCUUUUGCUUUGCUUGAAGGUAUAUUGGCUCUCCAUUGACUAUCUUGUGGUUGCCAAGGCUGCAAUUGUGAGUACCAUUAUCUCCUUUUAUAGGUUCAUGAUAGUUGAAUGGAAAACAAGGGAAUCGCAUGUCUCUGGAGUGUCAAUGUUGAUGAUAUUUCUGAUUUUUAUGUAGUACUUUUAUUGAAGAAAAAUGAUUUUUUCGUGGUACCAAUGAUUCAUUUGUGCCAAUAUCGACAUAAAUGUGUUAACUAUUUGUUUUGAGUUCCAGGUUAUAAGUUUUCUUAUUUUUUCUUAAAGUUAUAUUGAAUACCACUGGAUAAGGGAUUCCUUCUUAUCCACAAUAGUGGGCAUAAGGGAACUUGAAGAGUUAAAUGUUUACUGAAGAGAGGGUGAGAAGAGGUCUUAAUAAUGUAAAAGUUUCAAAAGAACAAGCUGGAAGAAAUUAUUAAGUUGAGGAGGUGUAAUGAGAUGCUUUCCUUGUCAGUUGCUUAGAUGGAAAAUGUCAUCGGAGAAGAAGUAAACUGCAAUGUGGAUGGAGUAAACUUAGGCAACUGUAACUCCCCAAUGUCAAAAAAUAAAAACACCUUACCAUGGAAUUAUCGAGAAACUUAGCUCAAAGUAAGGUACGGAAUUCUAUCAAAAUUUUGAAUUAAACUGCAUCACUAAUAAAGGAGACCAAUUUAGUCGUGUAAUUUUUUUUUAUAGAUUAGUAUAACUCAAAGGGUUAAUUUUAACCAAGACAUAGGGUCCAUGUUGGUCCAUGUUUUUCAGAAUUUGAAUAUUCCUUCCGAGAUCAGUGGGGAGACUUGGGUGUAUGGGGAAAGAGGACAUGAAGAAAGAGAGAGGAAGAAAGAAGAAAAAAAAGGUUGUCUCAGAUGACACUAUCCACCUGUCUGUCUUUCCCUAUACUGUUUUCACUUGCCAAGUGUGCGCAAAACAUUAAUCUGAUUGGAUGGGGGUGAUUAACGGUCAAGUAGAUUUAUGCAAUAUUUUCACAUCUAAGAAAUAUACUUCUGAAAUUGUAAAAAAUAUCUAAGUCCGCAACCUGAUCAAUUAGUAUCUGAAUAAGGAUCAGAUCUGCUUGAUCCAUAAUCCCACGCUAAUUCCAAAGUACCUUGGCCAACUCAUACACUCCGGACUACUCUCUGAAAUGUCAUUUUCAGUUAGACUAUUGAUUCAUUAUUAAUUUUUUAAUUGAACAAUAUUUUUAUUUUAAAACUGUUUAUGUAUAUUUCAUUACUGAUUUGCUUUUCAUGAAACCUUGCUUGUAAUAUGUUAAAUUAACCUUUCCUUAAUAUGUUUCAGCACUGUGGCUCGUACUUCACUGCAGUAAUGUAUGUAGAAUACUGGUGUGAAGAGAAUUUUAACUGUCUCACAUUGGGGAGCCCAGACUUCUCGAAUCUCGAAUCGGUCAGCCUAAACCUUUAAGAGUUUCCAUUUCAGAGGUCACAUUUAUUGGUCUGAAUUCAGUCAUUUUUUAGCAACUGAAGUCUACAAUCAUUUGUUCAGACUGAUUUUAUUUUUUUUUCUAUACUACCAUUUAUCAUCCCACUUCAAUCAUCCAACGAAAUAACUGAUAUUUCUUGUUUUCAGCUUCCACCACAUGUCGAGCUACUCAUUUCGGCAGUCACUCAGAUCAACGAACCUGAUAGCUUAUACGGCAUAAUCCAGACAUAUAAGGUUUGUCUGUUCCAGAACUAAAAAAUAUGGGGGUAAUAUUGGUUUCACUUGAAUGUUGAAAAGCACCUUGUGGUUUGAUCUUGAAGAGGACGCAGGAAUCAAAAGAGAAAAGGACAUCUGUUGUUGUGACUAUUAGGCUUUUAUUUAGUAUUUUUUAUUGGAUCGAAAUAUUACAUUAGGUAUGGCGCAUUGUUUGUGGAGGCCGUAUUCUUUUCUGUAAACUCUAAUGCUCUUGAAAACUCUAUAGCCAAUUUCUUCACCUGUCAUUCUUCACCUGAACGUAAAGACAAUAUUUUUCCUAAAGUUUCUAUAAAUCCAAUUUCUGGCAUUCUUCUUUGCCUAACAUGUUACUGAAAUUGGGUCGUAUACUGAUCUUUCAUGGCCUCUGUUUAGUAAUAAUCAUAAGUAUCUUUCAUCAGGGUUGUAAUAGUUGAAAACUCCGACCUAAAAUUAUUAUUUUUGUAGCUUAGUAAAAAUCAUGUUUUAGAUAUGUACGUCUUUUUAUCGGGAAUUUGAAUGAUUGAUGUCCAUGGAAAUGCCAACAUGAACAUCAAGCAUUAUGUUCAUGGUUUGAUGAUGUCAAUGACUUCCUCCAAUGUCACUCAAUAAGCUUGUUACCAAUUUCCCAUUUAUUGUUCCCGAAACUUUGCAUAAGCCAGAUAGUCAGAUUGGGGGGAACCAUUUUUAGAAUGCUAAAUUCCUUGUCAGCUGGCAGCUUCUCAGCGAAAAUUCUAAAAAAUGUGGCUUGUGAUGAGAAAAGAUUAUAUGCAAGUUUGUAAAACCAAGCUGAGCUAUAUUUAUAUAUUACGAAGAACCUGUGUAACUUAUUACCACAUUACAAUUGCCACCUCUCAAUUGGCAUGAGCCCAACAUCUUAAUUUAUUUAUUUAUUAUAUUUCAAAAAGCCUCUGUUUUGUUGCCAGAAAAAAAAAGAAAGGAGGAAGACCUGACUUGGACCGAAAUAUUGUGCCUGUUAAAAUUUCCGAACUAUGUACCUGGUAGGGUCCCUUACUUCCUGUGACCAAGAUCAGGCGAGAGACAGUGGAAAGAACGGAAAGAACAGUAGAAGCAAAGGAUAACACAGAGUAACCGGGAGUAACCGGGCUCCACUGGAACCCUAGAACAGUUGGGGUAGUUCGAGAGGCCCCACUCUCCUGGACUUGACCAAAAUAAGGUCUGUUCCCCCUCUCCGGGGGGGGUAGGCCUAAUAUUAAACCUUACAGGGUCAUUUACCCUCUUCACCCCUUCCAGCACUUGCGUUAAUCGCUCCCAUGCUAGAAUCGUCACCCGCAGUCGGUAAAAUGGGCUCUGGACCCAUUUUCCUGUGUCUGGAAUAUGUUUGGCCCGUCGUGGGCCUAACAGUACCUUUCAGUGGAGCAGAUUUUUUCUGGAGUUUUUUUUCCAUCCAAUGUGUUAGCAUUUUACUGAUGUUAUUUUCGAUCAGGUGUCUUCUCAAAUCAUUACAUACGAGCACGAGGGAAAUUGGAGCAAAGCUUUGGAACAUUAUGACUUAUUGAUAAGGAAAGCCUCUGUAGGAAAAAUUGGUGGUAUGUCGAGGGACUAUGAAGCAGUUUAUGCCCAAGGACUUAAUCAUGUCUCUUCUUCCAGAGAAGUGAAAGAAACGGGAGUCUGGAAGUUACAUAAAGGGCUCAUGAGGUCGCUACAACAAAUUGGAUGUUCUCAUCUUUUGGAUGUAUAUUUCCAGGGUCUCACUAAACAAAACUGCUAUUUUCAACAUGACUUGGACUUCACUGAGUUACAGGUUUGCAGCUAGUUGAACCUGCCAUCAAUGUAAAAGUUUCUUCAUUUUUACUUUUGAAUCGUGCAAACGUUUAUGAAAAAGAUGGUGGUUUUCGCUGCAAUCUUUUGGAUGUAUAUUGUUUUAAAUGGUCAAUUCAUUGCUUUUUUUAAUCAGUUUGCUCUUCACUUGUACCUCUUGUACAGUAUGAAGCUGCUUGGAGGUCGGGUAAUUGGGAUUUUUCGUUACUUCAUGUAGAUCUUCCUCCUACACAUUCUGGAAAUGAUUUACGGAAUAGUCAUUUUAACGAGAAACUGCACAGGUUUAUCUUUAAACUUCAACAACAAUGUGUUCUAUAUUUAACGUUCUCAACUGAUGCAUGAGUAACUGCUUUUCUCGUGAAUUAAUGUGUUCCUAUCAUUGCUUUACGCGUAUAGCAUUUUCGCAUCAAUUAUUUUGAAGUCUUUCAGUUUUUUGGGAUGAAAAUUAGUAAUGAAAUCAGUUCUGUUAAAUUGAAAAAUUAGGAAAUACAUCCAUGUUUGCUGGGCUAAUCCCAUCCUAACUGUCCAAAACUGUUCUGGAGACAAGGAAUCCGCUCAAAAUAUCUCUACGCACGACCUUAUCAGGCAACAUCAAAAUGUCAAACUAAGCACAAGCUUCGAUAUAGAAGCUGCAUCCUUUUCUGAAGUAUCAUGACCCAAAAGCUUCCUUGAUUUUUCUACAACCACUGAAAGCCGUUGACUGCGUAGCGUAGGACAGAAGCUACAUCUAGGCUCGGAGAAAGCACAGGAUCAGAUGCAUGAUUCUCCGAGAAAUCGCUUAUCACCAUUUGCCUUUGUAUUUAACAAGUUUAGGGCUAAAAAACUAGAUAUAAAUCAACCAAGAAUGUAUAUUGUAAAUCAAAAUGACUCCUUUGGUCCCACACUCUAAUUAAAAGGUUUCACAAGAGCUGUCAGGCAUCUCUCAUUUUUAUUUGACACCUAGAUUAAUUUUCUUCCCAAAAGACUAGUUUGGAACCAUCUACUAAGUCGAAUUUGUCUUGUCCAUUAAGAAUACCGUUGUCUUCUGUUACAUUAUUGUAUUCCUCUUUUCUCUCACAUCUGUAGGGUCGACUUUUCAAUUUUAUCAAAUCAUCUCUACUGUUUUAAAUUUUUUUCAUUCGUAAAUUUCAUCCAUUGUUAAUUUGUUGUCCUCGUCACUUGUUAAACAGUUGCCUGAGGGCUUUGCAAGAUGGAGAUUGCAAUGAGUUUCACGCCAAUCUUACUGAUGCUAAGGAGGUAUUUGUUUUCUUUAGUUGAACUGAUCGAUUUUAUGCCAUUCUCUUUAUUGCUUUGUUUAUUGAUUUUUAGGAACUUGUUAUUUCUAUCUGCAAUGCAAGUAAGGAGAGUACUGGAUAUAUCAAUUCCACAAUUGUGAAACUUCAGGUAGGAGAAGUUCACCUAUGAUCCCAUCUUGCGAAAAGCACUGAUCCAUUAAUACUUUGGUUAUUAUGCUUCUUGUGCAGAUUUUAGACCAUCUUGGUAGAGCGUGGGAUUUACGUUGGAAGCCACAUACAUACAAAUGCGGGGAAUCGCAGACAGUAAUCAAGAAGACACUCUCUGAGCCCGUUAUUCCUACCAUAAGCCAGGUCUCAUUUUUUUUCACGUUUUACCUGUACUGUAGUUAAAGUAGACUCUGUCGUCCCCUUAAAUGUGGACUCGUCUCCGGAGGGUGUGGUGUGGGACGUCUUAACUCUGCAGAAAUAGCAGGGUCCCGGUUUUCCUGUGGAGCAUCAUGCCAAGGCCAUCUAUCUACAUACCCUUCUCCCUUCUCACGCUUGUAUCAUGUUUUUUGAUUUCUCUAUAGCUAGAAUCGUACGUUAGAGAGAACAAACGAAAACAAUGACUGUUGAUGUGAUCUUUACUCGAGCCCAUAACAGUGAACGUUCUCUAGUCUACGAUUCCAGAAGUUUCGUCCUUUUUAAUCCUGCCCUUCAUGUACCGAGCACCCCAGCCACUGGGCUUACUUGUAGAUUCUAACAUUGUAUUGAUGUGGUAGCUGCCGUGUGCCAUAAGAGACUGGCAUCAUGCUUGCUAGAGCACAGUACUCUAGUCACCAUUUUUUUUAUGUGAAUAAGAAUUCUGUUACCUAGUGAUAGUGGCUCUCCUUUUGUUUUUAGUGAGGAUUCAAGUAAUCUACCCAACCGAAACUAAUCUAGAAACUGGAAAAACAAUUUUCGUCAAUACCCCGAAUCUUCCUUAGUGUUUUAGCCAAAACCCUGAGUCUUUGCCUAUACCAUGCUUAACUUCAUCUGUUUUUAACCGGUUCAUAUACCACACCUAGUCAUGUGAUUCCAUCUACCAUUGGUUUCAAGGUCAAGUCUAGGUGAAAAAGCACUAUUGAAUAAUGAUAAAAGAGAAUACUUAGUUCAUGUACAAUCUCUUCUCUUCUUGGGCUUCUUUGGGCUCUUGUAUAGAUACAUAACAAUACCAGUUGAGAUGUAUCCUCUCCAAUUCAACCAAUUAUCAUUAUUAUAGACAUAUAAAAAAGGGUUUGGCCGCCUAGACAGAGAGGCUAGAAAGAUGAUUGUUUUUGUGACCUUAGCACCUUGGUGGCUUACAUUUUUCCAUCACAAUCAUCUUUUUUGAAGGCGUGUUCAAUAACACUAGAACAUGUAGUAUUAGUGAAUUGUAGAUUUCCUAAUCAUGAAAAUUUGGGUAAGAAACAAAGAUACUGAUAAAAAAACAAAGAUUGCCAAAGAGAUUACUGAAAAUAUGAUGAAGCUAGGAGCAUGCUUUACCUCAGAUUAUAGGUCUAAACAUCCAACUUUUAGGAAAACAUCCGAGAACUACUUUUGUUGGCAUCAAAGAGCUAAUCACCUACUGAAUAUCAAAUAGGAUUUCGAAUUUCUUAGUUGAACAGUAUAUAUAUAUAUAUAUGUUUCCCUAUUGGUAAAAAGGAUCACCCAUUAUAACUUUAAUUUUUAAAAUUAUUGUUAUACAUUAUCGGAGAUGGUAACAAAAUGCUAUUAGCUGUUCUUAAAAAUUUGAAUGCUUUUUUCACUAUCCGUUUUCUGUUCUAUAUCUUAUGUGGAUGAUUGUGCUAAUAGAUGAUCGUCAGAUUUUGUUAGUACCUCCAUUAGAAUGAUGAAAGCGGUUAGUACCAUUGAACAUAAAGUAUGUAAGUGAAUUGUCUGGUUUUCCAUUUAUAAGAGUCACUCUAGUGUCCAUUUUCUCAAACCUCACAUCUGCAUUGAUGUCUCCAUAACAAAGAUGGUUGAGAGUAUUGAGAGACAUUCCUGGGCUUUCAAAUAUUGUCAGAUUGGUUUUAGAAUUCGCAAAAUUCAUUUCAGAAUGAUAAGAAUUGCACUUUUCACGUAUUAAAAUUUAUUGUCAACCUUCAAAUUCAUGCUUGAAGUAUGCUUUGCAGCUGGAAUGCAUGAAUGCAGGCUGGAAGCUGAUACUCAAACAAACCCAGUUACAUCUCAAUUUGCUGGAACCUUUCAUUGCAUUCAGACAUGCCCUUCUACAAAUUUUGCAAUGCAAGGAAUGCACUGCUGGGCAUCUUUUAGAAUCAGCUUCCACCCUUCGCAAGGUAAUUAUUGCAGAACGUGCUUAUUUAUUUAUCAGAAUUUUUAGUUCUAACUUAUUUCUCUUUCUUGUUUCCAGGGAUCUAGGUUUUCUUUAGCUGCUGCAGCUAUGCAUGAAUUUAAGUUACUCUUUGCAGAAGAUGAAAAAGAACCAAGCUCGUACAUUUUCCCCCUUGGGAGGGUAUAUUAUUAACUAUUAUUUAUUUAGAGACAAAUUUCAUUCCAUUUUCUUUUUAGUUACCUACUGUAGUGACGGAAACCCUAGGAGGAUAUGCAGUGGGAAAAAUCUCUACUUAUUCACAUCAUAGAUGACUGUUUAUACAAGGACACGAAAUAAGAAAACUAUCUAAAAAAAUUGGAAACUGACAAACUAAGAGCCGAACUCCUAACUAUACGUUCGUUCCUAUACUUUUGCAUCUUGGGAUCGUAUUUUGAAGUGUAAUCUGUCAUAUCUCGCGAGAGGAAAAUGAAAGGAUCGAAAGAGGUAACAGUUCAACUCCCCAUAUCUCACCGCGACCCAAAAAAAACAAUGUAUAUAGUCUCAAUGCUCUGCAUAAGUACAUUAUAAAAUGUUCCUCUGGUCAUAACUUCCAUUGUGACACUCCUGUCUAUCAUAUUAAUGCAACAUUUUACCCAUUUUGAAGAAUAUGAGAUCCGUUAUUUUACUGCAGACCGCCCCAAGGGUAUAUAUCUUCUGUUGUGUACCAAAUAUAUCUGGUGAAAGAAAGGAUAACAGGAAAACAGAUGGCAACUAGUCCACAUUUUAGAUGAAAGUAAUUGUUUUGAAUAGAGAAAGUAACUGGUUGGGGGCCGUGGGAAUCUUUUCAUGACAGGGAUCACAUUGGUAGGCAUAUUUCAUUUUCUGCGCAUCUAUGAUUCUGGUUUAACUGUUUGAUUGUAAACUUGAGUUUUUUCUCAUACGUGGAUAUUGCCCUCUGAUUUUGUUAGAGGUGCUUUUUCUUAUGAACCUGCAGCUAUGUACACACUUCUGUCGCAGUAACCUUAAAAGGUUUAUGUAUAAGCUUCAUCAUGUGUGCCAUAUUGAAUUUGAAUGCCAAAUACUUUGAACAAUUAUUUUGACAUCCUUGUAAGAAAUCCAUUUUUCUGUUCCAUGAAAGAACAAAUCUUUAUGUAUUGGGUAGAUCGAAGAGGCUAAAAUUUUACGAGCUCAAGGUCAACAUGAGAUGGCCAUCAACCUGGCAAUAUAUAUUCUUGAAAAUUAUCAGCUGGCAGAAGAAGCUUCAAAUGUCAAUCGUCUUGUUGGAAAAUGGUUGGUGGAGAGUCGAUCAAGCAGGUACAUCACGAAAAGAUGUUACCAAAUGUUAUUCAACUUUCAAUAUCUCUCUUUGUUGGAGCUCUCAUAUUCCCUGUUUGACUGUAGUUCAAGAACCAUCUUGGAAAAGUACCUGAAACAUUCAGUGGAACUUGCUGAAUUAAAUAAGAAUGUUGACGAGAAAUCUAUAUCAAGACAAUGUCAAACAUACUUCCAUCUUGCACACUAUACAGAUGCUUUAUUUAAAAGCUAUGAAGCAAGGCUUACCUCUAGUGAAUGGCAGGCAGCUCUGCGAUUGAGGAAACACAAGGUAGCUUGUCAAGAGCUGAUGUUCAAUCAACUUUUUGCAUGUGCCUGUGUUUAUUGUUGUCACAUGGAGUAGAUAGUUUAGUGGUUUGCUACCCUCUGCAGACAAGAGAACUGGAUGCGCUUAUUAGAAGACUGAAGAGUUCGGCAAAGGUGGACAUCUUUUACUGGGGAUAUAUUUCAUUUUUUGUUUCACACGAGAAGGUCAUUCAUAGGGAUAAAGUCCGGACGCAUCUUACCCCUCUGAUAUCAUCCUCAUUUAUACUGUUCGCCAGGGUGAUAAGACUGACUACUCAGCAAAAAUACAAGAGCUACAGAAACAGCUUACCAUGGACAGGGAAGAAGCUGAAAAGUUGCAGGUAGGAUAUUAUUUUGGACUUUGUCAAAGGAUCUUCUUAGAAUAUUUUUUAUUUUCGUAAUGAAAUGUCCAAAAAAAUUAAGGUAUGGUAUGAGCGAUAAAAAAAAGCUAGGAAAUAUCAAAUUACCCUUAGUUUUGCGAUUCUGAAUUCUUUUCUAGCCCUCCAUGUGAUAACUAAUUUAUUUGUAUUUAUUUUACCCAUAAAUUUGGUAAUUAACCAGGAUCUGUCAGUUCAUCUAUAGCCCAAUCUGAUCAUUUGUGACUGCCUUUAGCCAGGAAUUGCCGAGAUUCAGAUUUUGGAUCAUGUAGCAUCAUUCCUGAAGUAUUCAUUGCCAUUAUAAAAGUACUUUGAAUUGCUUCUAGGAUUGGUUAUCAAACUAGUAGCUCAUUAUUGACUGACUAGAAUUCCUUCGAUCUAUAGGAUGACAGGGAUAACUUCCUUAGCCUAGCACUGGAUGGAUAUCAACGUUGUCUUUCCAUAGGAGGCAAAUAUGACAUGCGGGUGGUAUGUAUAUCUGAUUCCUACCUGUGGAUUAUUUUCACACUCGAAGAGCUAACUAAGAGAAAAUGGUAACGACUAACUAAUGAUUUAUUUUUAUUUUUAUAUUAUCCUGAUUGAGUUCCUUCGGAGGUUUUCGUUUCCCAAGUUUUUCUCUUAUUGAAUCUUUUUUUUAAUUUGGCAAAGCAACUUCACCCGUCAGACCAAACUUUCACUGUUUUAAAUUAAAUAGAGUUCACACUAUUUCACAUCAUUCAAUUUAUAUGUUGGCCAAGUAGAAAAAUGUGUGCAUUGCUAUACAUGAAUGUGCAAAGAUGUGACUGAAUGAUGGAAGUGAAAUGGGGUGUUCCUGGAGCAGAGAAUAUAAUAUAGAACUUUAAAAGUCUAUAUUAUUAGUUAAAUGUUUUCUGUUAUUCAAAGAUUCUGGAUCAAGUACGAUGGAUCUCAAAUAAAAUACCUUCUCAUAAAUAAAAUGUUAUAAUUGUCCCCAUCAUCUAGAAUUGAUUACUCUUUCAUGGCAAAACCUGCUAGAUAGAUUUUUGAGAAAAUAAUUAGUACUAUUUCUUAUUGUUGAAAGGGUUUACCUUGGACAGAGAAUAUGAUAUGUAAAAUUAAUUAUGAUCAUCCUCAAUAGGGUGUUUUCUAUACUUUCCAGAUUCUGGGUCAAGAACUAUGAACCUAUUUUUUAUACUAUCGUUGAUGCUGCCUUUUAAAUGAAACUUUGUUAUCAUCAUUAUACCUACAUUAAUAACUCUUUCAUGACUAAAGCUACAAGAUUUUUUGUGAAAAAAGAACUGUUGCAUUAGUUUCACGUUAACAUUACACAAAUGUUUUCUCAUUUGGGAAGGAAAAAUGGCAUUCUGCAGGUAUUUCGACUUAUUUCCCUCUGGUUCAACUUUCCUUCAAGACCAAAUGUCGUUAAGAGCAUGCUCCGUGCUGUUAACGAGGUAACAUUGUGAACACAUUUAAUGAGCCUGUUACGAGUAAAAAUGCACUUUUUUGUGAUUCACUAGGCUUGUUCCAUAGAGUGUGAAAUAUUAUAUUGAUGGAUUUUCAGAUUCAAUCACACAAGUUCAUACCACUGGUAUAUCAAAUCGCCUCAAGAAUGGGUAGUUCAAAGGAAGGCAAGGGACCAGUUACGUUCCAGGUUGAAAGCUGGAUGGAUCACUUUAAUUGUAAAAUAUUAUUAAAUUUAUUCUUUAAUAACUUAGUUUUGCGUUUUCAGGCUGUUUUGGUCUCUCUUGUGAAGAAAAUGGCCAUUGACCAUCCAUACCAUACUUUGUUUCAGGUAUUAAAGCCAUUAUCUUAGGCACUUCAUGUUUUUCAGCUUUUCUAUUAUAUGGUCUUCAAUCAUAGGUUAUUAUGUAAGUCCAUAAGGGCAAUACUUGUUUUCAUCUAAAAAUCAAGCUGGCAUCUCUCCUUGCUUUGAACCUUGAUCUAAAACUAAUUGCACUUCGUCUUGGGCUCUUGUCACAUUGUCUACACUAUCGGGAACAUUUUUUAUUAACGUCCAAUCUCAAAACUUGAACUAAAAGCAUUUGUCAAAGACAAGAUUAACUGUGCAUUAACUUUUAUAACUAUUUUUUAUGAGAAAUAAAUCAUAUUACUUCACUACGCAACAAAUUUAUUCAUUCGUUGUCUUGAUUAAAAGAAAAUAUUAUAUCAUGGACGUGAAACUGCUCAUUAAAUUUUUCAAUGCUGGUUCCUUACACUUGACUAGUAUGAAAAUGUAAGGAAGUUAGUAUUUAUAGUCUCAACAUUUGCUAAUAAGUCUAUACGCCUUGUGCAAAAUUCUAACAUAUGGUUGAGAACUGGCAAACGUUACAAAGAUAUGACCCAGCGUGCUCUUAGUUGAAUAUAGAAGGAAAAAUAUGAUGGUUUUCCUAAGAUACUGUAGGGAAACUUGUGCCUUUGUCUCUGUUUUAUGUACGCAGUGGAAAAGGUCAUAGUGAUAACAGUUUAGUGUCAAGAUCUUCCGAAGCUUGGAGAACGGAAAUAUGUUUCUAUUUAACGUUUUUGUCUAUCAUGCACCCAUUUAGUGAGAGGAUUUGAAACGAACUGAAUGAUUGGACAGUUUGCAGUCUUUAUCUUCUUUACCCUUUGGCUUUUAUCUCCUCUUAUUUACCCUCUGGAUUCUCUACCACUUCACUGGUGCACCGAAAGUCUCUCCUUUCUGUAGCUUAAUGUUUUGUAUCCUAUUCAGUAUGAAUGUUUUAGACCUGCUAUGCCAAGAAAAAAACUAUCAUUUCGAAGGAUAUUGAAUGGUAUUGGUUGGGUGGAUUACCAGCAAUGUUUGGCUGGAUUGUGGUGACAAGGCUGAUGGUAGUGAUGAAGUUUCACUGCUGUGAUAAGGAAAUGAUGAAGUGUCACAGAUCACAGGAUUUUUCGCUUAUCAAAGAUUCUGCAUGCUUUAAGCCCGUUACAAGGGAUUAUUCCAGUUCGAAAUUAGUUUCUCUAUGCUUAAAGGAUUUAUUUAGUUGUUUGUGAAACUUUGUCCAGCUUCUAGCAUUAGCAAAUGGCGACCGUGUUAAGGACAAGCAACGGAGUAGAAAUUCCUUUAUUGUUGAUAUGGACAAGAAACUGGCCGCAGAGAAUCUCUUGAAUGAGUUGUCCUCGUACCACGGACCCAUAAUAAGACAGGUAUUUUCCAUUGUUUUAAAACCAUUCUCUCGUUCACUGUGUCAUCGUUCUAUACAUUGCUUUGCAAAGAAUUAUAGUUUCUUCAAUAGGUUAAAUUCUCACGAUAAAUUUAAUCAAAAAAAGUGGUUAGUUGGUCAUAAAAUUAGGAAGAAUUAUGGAUUUUUUAAAACCUGUGUAAUAUGGUCUACUUCCACCACCAUGCAUGCGUAAUAUUGCAUUCAAGCCGGGCUUAGUUCUACUUAGUCAUUCUGUGGGAGGCAUCAAGUUAAAAACAGUUUCCAUCGAUGGUGAAUCAUGCCUACUGAGCUUCGACAGUGAAUGAGAGAAUUUAAUGAUAUUUUCUAUAUACACUGAGGCUGUCUAUAAUGAUGAUUUGGUUCUUGCAGAUGAAGCAGAUGGUUGACAUUUAUAUCAAGCUUGCAGAAGUAGAGACAAAAAAAGAGGUUUGUCGAUUUCCUUGUAUGGAUGUGAAUCCUCUUUAUUGCCAUAUCUCUUGCCUUUUUGGUCACAAUUUAUUUUUUGUAACUUUCAGUAGGAUUUCAAAAUGACAAUAACUUAAUGCAGUUCACUCUUUAUCAACAGGAAACCAAUAGACGGAUCCCAUUACCGAGGGAAAUCCGAAGUGUUCGUCAUCUUGAACUUGUGAGACUAAUUCUCUGUUGUACCUAAAUAGUAUAAAUAUUAAUCUUCUUUUUUUCAUUUCGAAUUUGAGCUUUCAAGAUCCCAGAUUUUCUGUCCUUUCUGUACUAAUGUUAUAAUCAGCAUUGAUGUUUAAUAUCAUGAACUUUUGACAAUGUAGAAGUCAUGUGUAUACUUCUAACAUAAACAUUAGAGCUGUAGGAUGGACCAAUUUCAUUUUAGAACUAGACCACAGCGGUGAUGAUAGUUAUACCUCGAGGAGGUGUCCACGUUCCAUUUCAUUGCACCUGUGCCAUCUCUUAAUGUACGAUAAUAUUAUUAUCUGUUCUAUUUUCGUAUAAUCUGUAGUUUUUUUAUGUCAUGAAAUGGAGCCGAAGGUGCAUAGUUUCCGCCAAGAUUUUAGUUUCUGAGGAUCUAUACGAACUAUAUUAAGACACAUAUUUGUUGAUACUAAAAGCAUCAAGAAAUCUGUGUGAGUUCCAUACAUAUGACCAUUUUUUUGUUGAUAGAUAUCCUGUACAUCUUGAUGUCAAAUUUAUGACUGGUUCCCAUGGCUCAAGCAUUAAGUGUUGUACCAAAGAAUGGAGAAAUUGGUGGUAAUAGAAAUAUCUACAUAAAUUGAAAAAAGUAGUUUAUGUCCGGAAAAAUUAAAGGCGAUACGGUCAAUAAUUAAAUUCGUCACAUGCAAAGAUGGAUGGGGAAAGUGAUUCUUAUUCUGACUAUAGAUACGUGAUACUUCGCAGAGAGAGAAAAGGUAUUCUUUCCAACUGAGACGAUGUAUACCAUUAAUGUAGUUGCAUGUGUAUGUUCAGGAAUCAUUUUAAGAUGGGGACCAGUUGAUGCAGACAUCAUUUUUGCAUAUAAGCUAUUUUUUCCUUCUUUCACAUUAUGAAAUCUGUGAACAACCUAAAUAUUGAUAAACGACGUUCCUUUUUCUGGUUCCAACUUAGGCUAGUAUUUGUGUGAAAAAAAUUGUGCUUCUACCUUGUAUUGUAUUUAUUUUGCCAAAAAUAAUAGUUAUCUAUCCAUAUUUUUGCCACUUUCAGGUUCCUGUUGUAACUGCUACUUUUCCAGUCGACCCAAGUUGCCAGUAUGGUGAAGGGUCUUUUCCGCACUUCAAGGGAUUAGGAGAUUCGAUCGUGUGCGUAUUGAUGAUUGAGAAGUUUUGGUUUUGAAUGCAUAAUUAUGCACUACAUAAUGAUUUAAUUUUGAGCUUUGAAACUUGCAGGGUGAUGAAUGGAAUCAAUGCUCCAAAAGUGGUCGAAUGCCUUGGUUCAGACGGUUGUAAAUACCGCCAACUGGCUAAAUCUGGAAAUGACGACCUGAGACAAGAUGCUGUAAUCAAUUAAAUAUAUUAUUACAAUUUCUAUGAAUAGUCUGCAAAAUUUUGCAUCCAUGAGAUAAAAAUAUUUUUUUAAUCUCCCUUUAAUAGUAUUAGUACAUGGAAAUUAUUCAGAUCACCAAUAGUCGACCUGCAGUCCAUUUCCGCGAUGUCAUUACUAGUUUCCUUCUUCAUACAUGUUUCUUCAGGUUUUUAGAUUUUCUCCUGUCGGCAUUUAUCAUAAUGCCUUCCAGAAAACCAUUAAUUUUUUCCUCUCCCUUCUAGCGACAAUCUAGGGUCCAUUCUGCUACCAUUUUAGGGCAUCUCGAUUACAGUCAAGUGGCAUUUUGUGGAGGUGCGCGUUUAUUCACACCUAGGCAACUCGCACGUCUAAACUAUGGGGGAAUUUAUUUGGCAUGCAAUUGUAUUUAUUUGAUGGAUAUGAAAGUUUGAAAAUUUUCAGUCUCCCUAGAUGUUACACGAGCAUUUCUUUUUUUCAUUUAUGCCUAGGAUGCCUCCAUCUUUACUGUAUACGAUGCAAUCAUUCUGGUGCACAGUCGUGAUAAUAGAACUGUCCCCUCCUCUUAGUAUGUAUAAUCAGUUCUUUGGUAAAUAUAUCACAGAUCCUUUAUGUAGGAAUUCCUUCUCGAUAAAGUGCGUUAUGAACAAAAAGAUAUUUGAAGUAAUUUUAUGACACACUUGUUGCCUUUGCCUAGUUCCUGGUGUUGAAUGGAAAACUUUAUUGUUUGUGCGCAUCCACUGAGAUUCUGUUUACCAUCAGAACAGAAUGAAAAGGAGGUCUUUAUUCAGCUGGUUUAUGUAUCACAUUCAAUUUUACUUACUUUGGGUGAAGGUUUAAUUGUUUAUCUAUGGGGUCUCUGCUGAAAUCUCGAACCCGCACUAUUAUACUCAGUUACGUUAUUUGGGUGCGAUGAAUUUUUUUUACUGACCCCUUUUCUAUUGAUUAUUGUGUGAAUUAUAUAGGUUAUGGAACAAUUCUUUGGUCUAGUCAACACCUUCUUACAAGGUAAUCGGGAUACAUGGAAACGAAGAUUGAAAAUACGGACCUAUAAGGUAUGCUUUAUGGAUUAAAUACGGUUAAAAACAUAAAAAUACGGACCAAUUGUGAAGAAAAUUAAUUAUGCAUAAUUUCUUGUGUUAUUUUGCUGAAAGAAAGCUUGUUAUUUUAUUCAGAAAGCAUUCUGAAUAACGAAUCUAGUUUGAUUUUUUAUCAGUGUUUGCCGAAUUUGCUGAAUGACGAAUUUGGUUUGAUUUGUUUUCAGUGUUUACCGAAUCUGCUGAACGACGAAUUUGGUUUGAUUUCUUUUCAGUGUUUGCCGAAUCUGCUGAGUAACGAAUUUGGUUUAAUAUGUUUUCAGUUGAGCAUAUAAUAUUCUUUUCUUGUGUAAGCAUAUUGUCUCAGCUAAUUGGAUGUCUAGUAUUUCUGGUGCUGCUCAUAACGAAUUUCAGUGCUUGUUGAUAUUUUGUUUAAUUUUUUCAUAACUACAUUAACCUCCUGGUUAAAUUGGCUGUCUGGUUUGAACAGGUAGUUCCUUUCACUCCAAGUGCUGGAGUACUGGAGUGGGUUAAUCAAACAGUCCCACUUGGUGAAUACCUCAUAGGAAGGUACGAGGUCAUGUUAGGUUAUAUGUAUACACCUUACUUCUUUUGCCACGUGUUUGAAUUUUGUCUGACCGUGUUUCUUAUACUUUCAGCUCAAGAAAUGGAGGAGCACAUGGACGUUAUGGCAAAGGAAAUUGGUCAUUUCUUCAUUGUCGAGAACACAUGACCAAUGUAAAUCCCCUGUACUAUCAUUCUUUUGUUUGUCAGUUUCUAGAUGAAUUCUGCAUUACAUGUUAUGACCGUCUGUAUUUAUGUUCAAGUUAUUGGAAGAUAUUUGUAAAAUGCAUGGAGCAGAUGUCAUACUUCCCUCAGGGCUGCCUUUGGGGAAGAGUUUUAGCUUUCCCCUGUCAACUUUCACCUCCCCCUUUGUACCCUUCAUACGUAAAGGAGUCUAUGAUGGGCUUCUGAUGAGGUCCAUCUACGUGCAGUGAUCUACCCCUCCCAUGAUAACAACCAUUGACGGACGUCAGAGAAAAACUCUAGUGCUUUUAUGGCCAAGAGAUGAGUUCAGCGUUAGAAAGGGGACACCCAACUGGUUAAUAUUACAACAUCCAGGGAUCAUAUUCCUAGUCUACUCUUUUAGAUAUUUGGCAACAGUUUUCCGCUUCCCAACAUAUUGGUCUUUUUUUUUCCUUUAUAGGAGGGUGAGUUAGGGGUUCUAAAGGGGAAUUGAGAUGCAUACAGAGCGUCUUAUGGGCAUUUGAGUGUCAUUUUCCAUGGGAGGUUGCUGAUCAUACGCUGUGCCCGUUCAGCUGGGGAAGGAAGGCUCUUUAGAAAGGGCUCUGGAGAUUUUCAUCUAUCCUUAUUUUCUCAAUUUGUGCUGUGGUUGCCUUUUUGCCUAAGAAAACGCACUGUUAGAACUUCCAGGCCCAGUAAGUUCGAGAACUAGUCAUAUUUUAUUAUUCUUUGGAUGCCUUUGAUUCGUAUAUCUAAAGAAGUUAAUUUUGUACGCAGGAAAAAGACAAGCGCAAGGCAUUUCACAAAGUCUGUGAGAACUUCAGGUUCUGAGAGUUUAUUGGGUCAUUAUCGUGAAUCCGUACAGCUUAUGUCAAGGAAGCCUGUGCCUAAUUUUUCCAAUUUAACAGGCCAGUAAUGCACCACUUCUUCCUGGAGCGGUUCUUGCUGCCUUCUGACUGGUUCGAAAAGAGGCUAUCUUACACCCGAAGUGUGGCAGCUAGUUCGAUGGUCAGUCCAAAUCACUUCCGUCAUUGUAGAUAGAUCUUCUGGUGUUUCCUACAGAUCUAAUGGUUCAGAGAUCUGCACUACAAGUUCAGGUGGGCUACAUCGUUGGGCUUGGUGAUCGACAUUCUAUGAACAUCCUCAUCGAUCAAUCUAGCGCUGAAGUGGUUCACAUUGACCUUGGCGUCGCCUUCGAGCAGGGCCUGAUGCUUAAAACUCCAGAACGGGUUCGUAAAUGCUGCCAGAAUUAGUCAUCCUCGUCUGCUGUGAAAAAUCAAAGAGUUAAAAGCCCCGUCACCCGGUCUCAGCACAGAAAUCUCAUCUGGUGCUUCAUGUUUUGUUUUUCAGGUCCCUUUUAGGCUGACUAGGGACAUUGUUGACGGCAUGGGAGUCACUGGGGUGGAGGGCGUCUUCAGAAGAUGCUGUGAAGAAACCCUUGCUGUAAUGAGGACAAAUAAGGAAGCCUUGCUGACCAUUGUUGAGGUUCAAUUAACCGUCGAAAUUCCAUUUUAACCAAAAAAAGAAAAGAAGAAGAAGAAGAAGAAGAAGAUGAAGAAAAAACAGAGUCUUGGCUCUUUUGAUCACUGUUGAAACAAUGUUUUUUCAGGUCUUUAUCCACGAUCCUCUGUAUAAGUGGGCUCUAUCACCUCUCAAGGCACUACAACGACAGAAGGUAUAACAGACGGCUAUACCUGAUCAAUCUAUGGUUCCAUCAAGUUCAUAAGAUUACUAAUUAGUAGUUCCUUGAUAAACGAAUCUCACCGCAUAUAAUUACUUCACACUGGCGGCACUUCAAGCUCUUAGUAUGGCGAGAUGCCCCUUUUUAUAUUAUGUUUCUCUCCGAGUAUAUUGGCCAUCCAACACCAUCUUAUUUCCUGCUCCAGCCUUCUCUAUCUGGCUGCCGCCUGCUGCCUGGUGAUUCCUGCCGCUUGUUCCCAGCACUCACAUGUGUUUUUUUUCUUUGCUGCCUUUCACUACUGCAACAGGAAACUGACGAGGACGCUGAGCCAAGCUUGGAGGACUCACAAGACGCAUGCGAGGGGAACAAAGAUGCAGCACGUGCCCUGUUUCGUGUCAAACAGAAGCUUGAUGGUUAUGAGGACGCUGAAAUGAGAAGCGUCCAAGGCCAGGUACGUUCCCAUUCAUUGAACAUCCAGCCUUAGCAAGAACUAUUGCUUUUCUUUCGCAAGUCACAAACACGAUUGAGAAUCCUGUGUUUGGAUACUUCUCCGUGGCCUUCUGUUCUUUUUCUUUUUUUUUCUUUUUUUGGCAACGGAAAUUAGUAUCCUGUUUUGAUUUCACGCGUGCCUCUCCUCUCAUCACCAUGUUCAUGCUAGCUUCUCGCCACAUUUGCAGGUCCAACAGCUCAUUCAGGACGCUACAGACACGGAACGAUUGUGCCAGAUGUUCCCAGGCUGGGCAGCAUGGUUGUGAGAAAAACUUUCCUUUUCACCCCCCCUCCCCCCUCCCCCUACGUAGUUUGGUGUGUAUAUAUAUAUUUGACUCUUCCGUCAUAGUAUUAAAUAAAAUCCGUGCCCCUCCAUUCUAUCCCUAAGUUGAGCAUCAUAGAGAGAGAGAGAGAGAGAGAGAGAGAGAGCCCUCCUCCUCCAAGUGUGCACAGGUAAGUCCUGUUGGACCCCAACUUCCUUGGACAUUCUCUAGAGAUCGUCCGUAGGACGAGGAGAUUUCACGUAGAAAGUCCAUGGAAACUCAUCUCAGAAGUCAAGCAAGCAAAAUAUUUCCGUAGGGGAGGCCAUCAUUCUAAUUAAUGGAACUGAUGGGUUCUCUUCCCCGAGUCGAAGCAUCAUUUCACAGGCGGAAUGUUGUGCUUGGAACCGACCAGCUCGUCAGGCAUAUAAUUAGCUGCCCAUCUGAAGGAUAUAUGGCAUUUCAUCAGACACUAUAAAACGGAUGCAGAUUAAAACCUUUCCUAGAUGCGCCCACCAUCACACUCUUGGGAAGACAGUAACUUUGAGAUAUUUACUAGACCUAAAACCCGAGAACCGAUGGCGAGAGCCAGAGGAAACGCAGUAGGAGUCCGUACACACACAGAAACCACCUACUCGCUCAGCUCGCGGGGACAUUCAUUCGAGAUCAAGAUCCUUUGGCAAGAGGGCUCACCAGGGGAUCAUCAAAGUUCAUCGAUGUUUUUUAUUGGGGGAAUAGCUGUACAACAACCCAUGUGACGGAAAGUAUUGUUUCAGCAGCAUACGAGUCGCCAUGAACGUCUUUUAAGAUUUCAGGAGGCCAUCUUGAGGUAUUUUCCGACUAACUUCAAGCAGUUAGAUUUCAAACCGGGAGGGAGGGGCAAAACCAUCAUCCCUCCCAGUACCAUUAUUAUCCCGACGACAAAGGAGGCUGACCAAGCAGACGACGACCUUUGUGUUCUAAAACCAUUAUAACACUAAAUUUGCAGCGCAAAACUAUUUAUUUUCUGUUUCUUCUUUUUUCCCAGAAAAGCCUUUUCGAGAAUGAGACAGGCACUGCUUUGUGCAAGAAGAAACUGAAAAUUUCCGUAAGAUUUCGAGAUGAAGACCAACCGUCAGGGACGGCGUCAGAGCUGCCUGUCCGGUCCCCAUCCGCAUGAAAAGAAGAGCAAAGGAGGAGUUGCCCAAAACCAAGCAGAGUUAAGUCGGAGACCAGAAACAGUAAAAGCCAUGGCCUGCGUCGCUGGUCCCCCUGAUCACUGGACCAAGCACUGUCCUCUGUCCUUGUUCAUUAAAAACCUGAGCUUCGAGGACGAUAUUCCCUCAGCUUGUUCCGGCGAACUAAUCGAUGCAUGA